AUGAGGGCGGCAGGAGGGGAGAGCCCAACCAUCAACAGUGCUGAGGGGUCAAGCUAUGCGGCGGGAGAUGAAAGGCUGAUCGUCUGUGGCAGUGCCAGGAGGUCUGGGGGAAACGAGGUUAGGGGGUCAAGCCACGCCGUUCCAGAAGCCCCUUUUGACACGGCAGCGAGAUGACCCGUAACAGGUUCUGGGGGGCUAGCUAUGUAAGCAGGAAGUGCUCUCUCUCUCUCCCUUUAUUCUUUCCCGGGGGGGGGGGAUGUUGGAUGUUGGACGCGGUCCCUGGCAUGGCUGCCGUUUUCAUGCGAGCCGAGGCCUAGCUAAGAAGCAAGCAAGCGUGGAGGCGUACUGUAACAAACAACUUCCUAACAACAUAAUGCCGUUCACUCCCUCGCAGCUUUGGUGUCACGUUUCAGCUGAAACUCUGGGUUUCAGCAGUUUCACCCCAAGCUGUAAAAGGGUUGUUAUUCCAUCCUGGGCCUUGUUGUUGUGCAGAUUAUCCACCUUUUGGAACCGAUUUACAGUAGAUUUACAGUAGUUGGGACGUUGCCCGAGUCCAGCGCAUGGCCUUAUUGUAGCCUGUAAACCAGGUUGUGUGGUUAGUACAGAAGGUUCAUUCCAUUGCUUCAUUCCAAUGAGCAAAUGAUAUAUGACUGUCUGUUUAUCAUCUCUGACAGUUUAGCAAAAUAAUGCAAUGGAUGAGCACAAUAACACUGAUGCUAAUAUAUUGUCUCUCUCUGACUUUGAGUGGUUGUAAGGGCUUCAACAUGCCUGGUUUCAUUAGGUCAUGGUCACAGUGUACCUCGUGUGGUAAAGUGAUUGCACAAUGACUAUCUGACGUGUUUCUCCCAGUGGUGACGUCCUGUUUUGGUGAAUGUAUUUUUCUUGUUAAUGUCUCAAAUCAAGGAAAUGGUACAUACACACAGUGACUCAUACAUACUGCAUAUACGUACAUAAAUACAGUAAUUUAUAGGACAUAUUCCUCUAUAGAUAAUGGGCCCGCUGUACGUGUUCCUCUAACAUGAAAGACAUGCUCUGGGGCAGAAUUGAAUGAAGGACACACAUGCACAUUGACCCUUGUUUCUCUGAAUGCCUUGAUGUCUGUGAAGUACUAUAGGAAGUUACUGUGUUUACUGUGUCAAAAAAACAACAACACUAUCUUAGAUAUGCCUCCAUUAAAUAUCUCAUGAUUCAUCGUCUAACGAUUAAAUGGAGCUUUAAGACCUGACACAGCUCUCGUUUUCUGCCCAGACUCCCGCCUACCCCCUCCAAACCAGCCCAAAUAUACAUAUAUGGUCGUGCCCUAGGAGAACGGAACACACUGCUUCCUGGGAGAUAAUAUUUGUGGCGCUCUUAAUCCUCUGGUUGUGGGAGGCACAGGGAUUAUAUUUGUGUCUAAAUUUGGCCUCCAUGGCGCCCCUGUCCUCAGCUACAGUACAAGUUGAUAAUCUAUGUUUAAAGGGAGGUGGUCUAGGCUGGGUCUAGUGCUCCGCCGUGCCUGUGUCUGUGUCAGCCAGCCAAUCCAGGAUCACACAGAAAACAGACCAGGGGGACUGGACAUUACAGUAUAAUUCCUAUGACAUAACCUCUAUUUUCUUUCUCUCUGCAUUAUUGGGAAGAGCCCGUAAGUAAGCAUUUCACUGUUAGUCUACACCUAACGAAUAUACAUUUAUUUUAUUUUAAACAGACAAAAAAGAGAGAAUAUUCUGUUGCUAUCACUUGGUAAACAACACUACAGUGGUGGAGCUUCCAUUUGGGGCGGCAGGUAGCCUAGCAGUUAGAGAGGCGAGCCAGCAAUGGGAGGGUUGCCAGUUAAAAUCCCGGGUCCAACAGGAAAUAUCUGUUGGGAAGUGAGCUGGCAACCGGAUGGUUGCUGGUAUCAAAUCCUAGAUGCCAUUGCCUGCUGUUGUACCCUUGAGCAAGGCACUUAACCCCCCACAACAAGAGCUCCCAGUGUGGCAGCCCCCCACAACUCUCCAAAACCUGUGUGUGUGUCUUUCGGAGGGGUUGGGCUAAAAGUGGAAGUAAAAUUUCAGUUGGACCUUGUUUGCAAUUGACCAAUAAAGUGAUCUUAAUUUCAGAUCAAGGCACUCUUGAAUUAUGAAAAAAAAUGUAAUAAUGAGAAUGCAGCCUUUAAAUUAUUCCCCAGAAUGGGGAUCCACAUCUACACCAAGGGCAGUUAUAAGGCAGCAUCCCCCAUUCCCCAUCCCCCCUUCCCAUUCCUCCCCCUCUCCUCUCCUCUAAUGCUUGAUGGCUCUCCUCCUAAUCACAAUCUGUGGUCAUGACAACAGCUCUCUGGGAACAGAAAGGCAAGGAUGCUAAGACUCCAGCUAAGAGAGACCACAGUCACUGGAUUCUUAGGUGUAAGCAAUGGGAGUAUGGGCCUACUGGGAGUAGCUCCAGCAAUGGGAGUAUGGGCCUACUGGGAGUAGCUCCAGCAAUGGGAGUAUGGGCCUACUGGGAGUAGCUCCAGCAAUGGGAGUAUGGGCCUACUGGGAGUAGCUCCAGCAAUGGGAGUAUGGGCCUACUGGGAGUAGCACCAGCAAUGGGAGUAUGGGCCUACUGGGAGUAGCUCCAGCAAUGGGAGUAUGGGCCUGGGAGUAGCUCCAGCAAUGGGAGUAUGGGCCUACUGGGAGUAGCUCCAGCAAUGGGAGUAUGGGCCUACUGGGAGUAGCUCCAGCAAUGGGAGUAUGGGCCUACUGGGAGUAGCUCCAGCUUGCCCUCUGAUAGGCUUAUACCUAUCCAAUCCUUUCAGAUGAACAUAUUGGGGGUUGAGACUAAGGAUUGUUCUGUCUAGGUUGACUUUAGAUGGAACCAUCCCCUCCUCCCCCAAUGCUUAUUUUAUAACCUCGUAACACCUUUCUCUGUCUCUCUCUAUGCCCCUGUUCCUUCAGCUCUAUUUCCAGCUCAUAGACACCUCUUAUCUUGUCCCUAUUCAUCUUCCUGCAGGCAGGGCUGCUAGUGGCAUAGAGCUGGGCUGUACCCUGUGAUACUCAUGUGAGCGUAUUUGUCUCUGAAGCUGCUCUUUUCUUCCUCUCUCUCUCUCUCUCUCUCUCCUCUCUCUCUCUCUCUCUCUCUCUCUCUCUCUCUCUCUCUCUCUCUCUCUCUCUCUCUCUCUCUCUCUCUCUCUCUCUCUCUCUCUCUCUCUCUCUCUCUUCCCUGCCGUCUUUAUCUCCAUCCCGUGAUGAAAGAAAAGAACACAGACAAAUAUAUCAAAAUAUAUAAUUACCCAAUGUUAGUCACCCCCCCACCCCCACUCCCUUUUUAGAUACAUAUAAUAGUAGUUGUGAGGACAAACUUUGAUCAGUUCCUUGACAGCCUGUCUCUUAACGGGCUGUCUAUUGAGUUCUCCUUUAAAUGGCACAGCAUGUUCUCCGGAAACCCUUCAAGCAUUCUCAGCCAACCUUCAGACUUGGAUAAGGAACGUCCCUGAGAACAACUCCCAGUGUCACCAGAAGCUCAAGAGAUUAGUCAAUCAUGUCAUGUCAAGCCAACCUGACCAGUUCCACCAUGGCCUAAUGCUGAAAUCGAGCUGUUGCUGCCUCUCCUCUCUCUUUGUCUCCAGAUUGAAUAUAGAAAAGUGAAACUAGAUGAGCUCAUCUUCAUCCACACUGUCGUAGUGUUGUGUAUGUGUCCUGUCCCGACCACCCAGGGGAAACACAGAUAAUACACAGCCCUAUCAGUUACCUUUUUCUCAGGGAAGAUGACCUGCCUCCACAAACUCUCUCUCUGUGUUGAGUGAGGAAAGCCUCUGUUCUCCAACACCAUUGGGACAUAAAUGUAUUUUUCAUUAGCAUAGAUUGCUAACACUCAGCACAGUCACAUAGCCAGAAGUAAUUUUAUUUUUCAAUAGCUUAGAUAGCUACUUGUCUUUAGCACUCAUCACAGCACAGUCAGUCAAGUAGUCAGCCCACUGGAAUGGUAAUGGGACUGAUGUAGUGGUAACAAAUAUGAUAAGGUAGUGGCGGCUAUUGUUACUGUAGAAAUUAAGAAAGUCUUCUCAUUAAAAUUGUAUUUUGACAGGGAGUCAUGCUGAGACCAAGGUCUCUUUUACAGAUGAGCCUUGUAAUUACAAAAGAAUAUACACAUCAAUACACUACAAAAAGCAAAGCAGAGACACAAAACACAAUCAUAGAAAACAAACACAUUGUUCUGUAAAAAGGUCCUCAAUCAGCUGUCUGAAUUGCCUUAGAGGCACCAAAUCAUACAAUUUUAGAGAGUUUGGGAGAUUAUUCCACAAGUAAGGUGCAAAACAACUAAAAGCAGAUUUACCUAGCCUCGUACAAACCAUCCUGAUCUCGCAAGCUUACAUUCUGUAUGAACCGUUGAUCCUCUUUCUUGUUCUUUUUAAGGUGGAUUAUCACGUGAGUGUGACGCAACAGACGUCAUCAGAGCGCGCAACAGAACAGUGUACUGUCCACACUCGGUUUGGUGUUUUUAUGAAAUAGUUUUCAUUAAAUAGCUUUUAAUAAUAGCUAAAGUUUGUAUUGGUACUGAUUCCGCGACGCGGUCAGUCUUUACGGCUGGAACCAUCAUUGUGGGCUGCUCGAUGGUGAGAGAUUUUGGCCUGCUUACGGUCUGUGAACCGAUAAGGUCCAAAGUCACCAAGGAGCCCGUGUCCAUGAAAUCAACUCUCUCCUGCCUACAGUUCUGGCCAACUACGUCAAUAUUGACACUAUCGUCACUCACGUAGGUUUUAACGACCUCUGUUUUAGGCGGCCUGAGGAACUGAGGGAGGCCUACAAAUGUUUUUUAAACACCCUCCCUAGCACAGGGAAGAGAAUAAUCAUCUCUGGCCCCCUCCCGUGCUACCGAAGGUGUUCAGAACAUUUCAGCCGACUCUAGUACCUAAACUAGUACCUGAAGAAACUUUGCAAUGACAGGAAUGUCUCUUUUUGUGUGAACUUUGAUUUGCUGUGUAAGCAACCAGCACUUUUUAAAAGAGACGGGAUUCACCCUAACCGCAGGGGUUCCAGGAUUAUUUCCAGUAACAUCGCAGAAUGUUUUAGAGACUGACAGACAGGGUCUGGUAGUGCUCCAGUUCACCCUGUCAGAAUAAGCAACAGAGGACUUGGAAACCAUAUCAACUCCUGUAGAAAUGGCACUAUGGUUAUUAUGAGUAACCUCAUUUAUGUUUCUUUAACUCCGCCUUCUAGUGAGUUUAUACAAACGGCCAUCUCCUACCAUUCUGAUAGAUUGGAGACUGUCAGAAAACGUUGUUGUAACAUUAAUAAUCUGGUUGUUAUUCCAUUGGUUACCUCUAGGCAGAUGCCCUACCUCUAAGCAGAUGCCCCAGGGGCAGAGUGGCCCACACUCAUUGAAUAUGGCACUUUUAAAUGUUAGAGCAAUCGAUAGUAAAACCUUUCUUGUGAAUGACCUCAUUACUGAGUGCAAGGUUGAUUGCAUGUUUCUCACUGAAACAUGGCUGUCUUCAGACUGUAGUGCUUCUCUUAUUGAAGCCUCCCCCCGGACUACAGCUUUUCAUAGUCUUUCAGAAAAGGGGAAAAGGGUGGGGGGACAGCCUCUAUUGUUACUAAUGCUCUCAGCUGUAAGGACAUUUCAUUUGGCAACUUUGGGUCUUCUGAGCAUCAUGCUAUACUGUUUAAAUGUCAGCCACCAGUGCUGGCCAUAACCCUGUAUAGGCCACCAAAGCACUGCCCCACUUUCUUUACUGAUUUCUGAACUAUUGUCUAUUGUCCUUGAGAACUAUGAUAACAUCAUUGUGUUGGGUGAUUUUAAUAUUCAUGUUGACAAAGAGACUGACUCCAAGGCCAUUGAUGAAUCUUUUGAGCUCUAUGGACUUUAUCCAACAUGUUACUGGGCCCACCCAUAACCGCGGCCAUACUCUGGACCUGGUUAUUACCAAGGGGCUUUCUAUUGACAUAUCCUCUAUUGUUGAUGUUGCUUUAUCUGGUCACCACUGUGGAUUUUUUACUACCUUGUUGCCCAUAGCACAGGGUAACACUGAACGCAUUAUUAAGAAACGCUAUCUUCCUCUGAAGUUGCAAUAGAUUUGAUUGAGUGUAUGAACAAUACUCCAUCACCUAUUCUGCCUUCCUCUUGUGAUGAUUUGGUGGUCCCCUGUAGCUCAGUUGGUAGAGCAUGGCGCUUGCAACACCAGGGUUGUGGGUUCGUUUCCCACGGGGGGCCAGUAUGAAAAUGUAUGCACUAACUGUAAGUCGCUUUGGAUAAGAGCGUCUGCUAAAUGACUAAAAUGUAAAUGUAAUGAUUUAAUUGAUAACUUUAAUAGCAAAUUAAGGGCAACCAUUGAUGCCAUAGUAAAGUUGAAAAAGGCCAGAUCCAAAGGGAGAGCCCCUUGGAUGAGUGAGGAACUAAUACAUUAAAGAGAAAUUGCAGAAAGGCAGAGCGGAAGUGGAGAAAGUCAAAGUUGCAGGUCCAUUAUGAUAUUCUGAGAGAGCAACUUGGCAUAUACAACAAGGCAAUUAGAAAUGCCAGACAGGCACAUUUUUCUAACUUGAUCACUAAUAAUCAGAAUAAUUCAAGAGUGCUCUUCUCGACCAUUGAUGGCAUGAUAAAUCCUACCCCUGCAAACCUAAGUUAACUUUUCUCCACAUCUAAAUGUUUGUGGCCUAUUUCAGAGAUAAGAUAACAAACAUUAGGCUGGGUAUCAGUCUAGCAAGACCUGAUGAGAAGUUUGAUGAUAUGUGCUCUAGCCUACCAUGCAAAGGCACUAUGGAUUUAGUUUCCCUGGUUGACACAGACAUGCUCAGGAAAGGGAUAUCACAACUUAAGCCUUCUACCUGCCUUCUCAAUUUUAUCCCCACCAGCUUCUUCAAAACAGUUUUUAAUUGCAUAUCUGAAGAGGUGCAAGCAAUUGUUAAUCACUCAGCCACUUUCCACACUGCAAUAAAAACUGCUAUGAUGAAACCCCUUCCGUAGAAAAGUAACCUACAUUCUUCAGCUCUUAGCAAUUGUCGGUCAAUCUCCAACCUUCCAUUCUUAAGCAAACUUCUGGAGAAAUUGGUUUUCAAACAGCAAAAUUAUUUUUUAAGUGCCAACUGUAUUUUUGAAAAAUUAUAAUGUGAUUUUCGGGCCCACAACAGCACAGAGACAGCCUUAGUUAAUGAUCUUAGAGCCAAUUGCCGAUUUUGCAGGUUUUCCUACUUACAAAGCAUGUAGAGGUCUGUAAUUUUAUCAUAGGUAUCAUAGUUAUCAAAAAUCCAGAAAAUCACAUUGUAUGAUUUUAGUAAUUAAUUUGCAUUUUAUUGCUGAAUAAUCUUAAUGUCGGCUUUGAAAAGCCAACUGAGAUUAUUCCUGAUUAUUAUUGACCAUGCUGUCACUUAUGAAAUUUUGAACAUCUGCAUGGUUCUGUUAUAACCUCCACCGGCACAGCCAGAAGAGGACUGGCCACCCUCUAGCCUGUUCCUCUCUAGGUUCUUCCUAGGUUUUGGCCUUUCUAGGAGUUUUUCCUAGCCACGUGCUUCUACCCCUGCAUUACUAGUUGGGGUUUUAGCUGGGUUUCUGUACGCACUCGAGAUUUGCGAUACAAGGGCUAUAUAAAAUAACAUUGAUUGAUUGAUGAUUGAUUGAUAAGUAUUUGAUACAUCAGAAAAGCAGAACUUAAUAUUUGGUACAGAAACCUUUGUUUGCAAUUACAGAGAUCAUACGUUUCCUGUAGGUCUUGACCAGGUUUGCACACACUGCAGCAGGGAUUUUGGCCCACUCCUCCAUACAGACCUUCUCCAGAUCCUUCAGGUUUCGGGGCUGUCGCUGGCCAAUACGGACUUUCAGCUCCCAGCCACGACCCAUCUUCAAUGCUCUUACUGAGGGAAGGAGGUUGUUGGCCAAGAUCUCGCGAUACAUGGCCCCAUCCAUCCUCCCCUCAAUACGGUGCAGUCGUCCUGUCCCCUUUGCAGAAAAGCAUCCCCAAAGAAUGAUGUUUCCACCUCCAUGCUUCACGGUUGGGAUGGUGUUCUUGGGGUUAUACUCAUCCUUCUUCUUCCUCCAAACACGGCGAGUGGAGUUUAGACCAAAAAGCUCUAUUUAUGUCUCAUCAGACCACAUGACCUUCUCCCAUUCCUCCUCUGGAUCAUCCAGAUGGUCAUUGGCAAACUUCAGAUGGGCCUGGACAUGCGCUGGCUUGAGCAGGGGGACCUUGCGUGUGCUGCAGGAUUUUAAUCCAUGACGGCGUAGUGUGUUACUAAUGGUUUUCUUUGAGACUGUGGUCCCAGCUCUCUUCAGGUCAUUGACCAGGUCCUGCCGUGUAGUUCUUGACUGAUCCCUCACCUUCCUCAUGAUCAUUGAUGCCCCACGAGGUGAGAUCUUGCAUGGAGCCCCAGACCGAGGGUGAUUGACUGUCAUCUUGAACUUCUUCCAUUUGCGCCAACAGUUGUUGCCUUCUCACCAAGCUGCUUGCCUAUUGUCCUGUAGCCCAUCCCAGCCUUGUGCAGGUCUACAAUUUUAUCCCUGAUGUCCUUACACAGCUCUCUGGUCUUGGCCAUUGUGGAGAGGUUGGAGUCUGUUUGAUUGAGUGUGUGGACAGGUGUCUUUUAUACAGGUAACGAGUUCAAACAGGUGCAGUUAAUACAGGUAAUGAGUGGAGAACAGGAGGGCUUCUUAAAGAAAAACUAACAGGUCUGUGAGAGCCGGAAUUCUUACUGGUUGGUAGGUGAUCAAAUACUUAUGUCAUGCAAUAAAAUGCAAAUUAAUUAUUAAAAAAUCAUACAAUGUGAUUUUCUGGAUUUUUGUUUUAGAUUCAGUCUCUCACAGUUGAAGUGUACCUAUGAUAAAAAUUACAGACCUCUACAUGCUUUGUAAGUAGGAAAACCUGCAAAACCAUAACUUGCUACAUUUGCACACACUGUAUAUAUUUAUUUUUUGUUUUUUUUACCCCAUAUGUAACUCUGUGUUGUUGUUUUUAUCGCACUGCUUUGCUUUAUCUUGGCCAGGUUGCAGUUGUAAAUGAGAACUUGUUCUCAACUGGCUUACCUGGUUAAAUAAAGGUGAAAUAAAAUGAAAUAAAAAUAAAUAAAUAAAAGUAUCAAAUACUUGUUCUCCCCACUGUAGAUGCCAAACAGCUCUCUGUUUUUGUACUCUUGGAUUUAAGUGCUGUGUUCGAGACUUUUGAUCAUGAUGUUCUUCUGGACAGACUGGGGAGAUGGGUUGGCGUCUCCGGUCCAGUUCUAAAUUGGUUUAGGACCUAUUUAACCGGUUGUGAGUUUUUUGUCACCCUUGGUGAACAUAACUCAGAGAUUAUAUAUCACAUGUGCUGUUCCACAAGGUUUGAUUUUGGGUCCGGUACUGUUCAGUUUUAUACACUACAUGACCAAAAGUAUGUGGACACCUGCUCGUCGAACAUCUCAUUCCAAAAUCAUGGGCAUUAAUAUGGAGUUGGUUCCCUCUUUUCUGCUAUAACAGCCUCCACUCAUCUGGGAAGGCUUUCCACUAGAUGUUGGAACGUUGCUGCAGGGACUUGCUUCCAUUCAGCCACAAGAGCAUUAGUGAGGUUGAGGAACUGAUGUUGGGCAAUUAGGCCUGGCUCGCAGUCGGUGUUCCAAUUCAUCCCAAAGGUGUUCGAUGGGGUUGAGGUCAGGGCUCUGUGUAGGCCAGUCAAGUUCUUCCUCACCGAUCUCAACAAAACAUUUCUGAAUGGACCUCUCUUUGUGCGCAGGGGCAUUGUCAUGCUGAAACAGGAAAGGGCCUUCCCCAAACUGUUGCCACAAAGUUGGAAGCACAGAAUUGUCUAGAAUCCUAAGACGGUACCACGUUGAAAGUCACUGAGUUCUUCAGUAAGGCCAUUCUACUGCCAAUGUUGGUCUAUGGAGAUUGCAUGGCUGUGUGCUCAAUCUGUCAGCAACAGGUGUGGCUGAAAUAGCUGAAUCCACUAAUUUGAAGGGGUUUCCACAUACUUUUGUAUAUAUAGUGUAUGUUACCCCUUUGCAGGGUUAUCAGAAAGCACAGCAUUGAUUUUCACUGCUACGCAGACGAUACACAACUUUACAUUUCUGUGUCACCAUAGGAUUAUUAGACUAUUAGUGAUUUAAAUACUUGGAUGGCUCACAACUUCCUCCAGCUAAAUCAAGACAAGACCGAGGUACUUAUUGUUGGAGCCAAAGCACAGAGAGAGAAUCUGGCCGCACAGAUAAAACACCAGGUAAAAAACCUAGGUGUUAUUUUAGAUUGUGAACUUAAUUUCGAAUCACACAUUAGAAUGUGACCAAAAUAGCUUUUUACCACCUGAGGAACAUUGCCAAGGUGCGGCUGUUUCUGUCUCAGGCUGAUACAGAGAGACUCAUCCAUGCUUUAAUUACAAGCAGGCUUGACUACUGUAAUGCUCUCCUGUCUGGUCUACCCAAGAAAGCCAUUGGUCAACUGCAAAACAUACAGAAUGCUGCAGCACAGGUACUAACCAAGGCAAACGGAGACCACAAAUUACACCGGUUUUAAGGUCUCUGCACUGGCUGCCUGUGAGUUUUAGAAUACAUUUUAAGAUUAUUCUAUUGGUUUUUAAAUCAAUCUUCGAUUGUGCACCCCAAUACGUCAGACAUGCUUUUACCCAGUAGGUCCCUCAGGUCCUCUGGCACUGGCCUUUUAACCAUCUCAAAGUCUAGGACCAAGAGGCAUGGAGAGGCAGCCUUUAGUUACUAUGCCCCCAGCCUCUGGAAUAGCCUGCCAGAGAACCUGAGAUCUUAAAACACACCUUUUUAGCUUUGCUUUUCCUUAGAUUGCUUUCUAGUCGUUCAGUUUUUAUUGUUAUUCUUUAGUUUUUUAUCCUCUUGUGUAGUUUAUUUUCAUUUUUAUCUGGGAAGCUCAUUGUGUGGCAUUCCAUGUCUGAAAUGUGCUGUAUAAAUAAAGCUUGAUUUUAUUUGGUGAUGAACCUAACUCAGUGGAGAUCGAAGGGAUCUCCAACAUUAGAAAUCCCUGAGUUCGGGUCUGGUAGCUCGUACGUCUGUAGGUUAACAAUUAAGUAAGGUACGGGGGAAGUUUGUUCAAGAGGGCUUUAUAAACAAAAAGAGUGCAAUGCAUCGAUCUACGAGACUUCAAAGAGGACCAGCCUACUUUCUGAUACAGAAUGCAGUGAUGUGUACUGAACCUGUCGCCUGUAAUAAAGCUUAGUGCACUAUGAUAAACUGCAUCCAAGAGCUUCAAUACAGUGGCAGCUGCAUUCAUAUAUUAUAGACGAUAUCGCCAUAACCUAUAACCGGUAUGAAUGUUGACUGAAUUAUUUGUGAUAAUUAUUUAGGUCGGAGGGUUCACCACCACUUUGUGGAGUGGGAGCACAUGGGCCGACUUCCAAACCCUGGGGAUUGCACCGAAAUAACCGUGAGGUAAAAAAUAUGUGUCAAUGAUUCCGCAAUCAGGGGAGCAAAAGAAAGGAUCAAGUAAAUCUGAGUUUUUUUUACAGCAAUCUUAAGCAAGGCUUCUAGCACAUCACAGGUAGAAAGUUGUUGAAAUGGAAACAAAGAUUCACUAGAAGUUUGCGGAUCUUCCUUCGUGCCAACUAGAGGCUGGGACAGAGAAGAGCAGUCGACUAACUGACUAUGGUCAAAUAAUCCACAAUUUAUUUCAAAUAAUAAGCCUGCCAAGAUAAAAUGCUGAUUAAAAGCAUCAAUUUUUUCAUGUUUCUCAGAAAUGGUACCAUUGAAUUGAAUGGAUCAGUGGCAAUCAGUCUUGAGUCAGAGCCACCUUCGUACCGAUGGUAACGGCCGAUGCCAUUCAGUAAGAGUGGUGCAGCGUGGGUAUUGGAGUGCAGGAAGCAAUCAUGACUUUCAGAAUAUCCUAUAAUUUCUCCACUUUAUACCCAGUUGUAUAACUUCAGGGUGGAAAAAAAGGAUAGGAAAUAAUUUAGCUUUUCAUUCAACAGUUCUAUCUGCUCACUUAUUCAAUGUUGGCUGUAAGGUACUGAGCACUGUGCUGAGUUCAAUGUCUCAGCCAAGAUACAGUAUGUUAAGAGGUACUUAGUACUGAUCCAAGAUGAGUAUUAAGGAAUAAUCAGGAAAUGACCUGGAGUGUACUGGCUUGCAAGUACAGAAUGUUUUCUAUCGAAGUAACUGGAGCUAACCAUUUCUCUCUCUCUGUCUCUGUGUGUCUCUCUCUCUACCUCUCUCUCUAUAUAUCUCUCUAUCCUUCUCUCUCUGUGUGUUUGUGUGUGCACGUGUGCGUCUUGCAGCAUCCUGUUUGCGGACAUCGAGGGGUUUACCAGUCUGGCGUCCCAGUGUACUGCCCAGGAGCUGGUGAUGACACUCAAUGAACUGUUCGCCCGCUUCGACAAGCUGGCUGCGGUGAGAACACACACACACACACACACACACACACACACACACACACACACACACACACACACACACACCACACACACACACACACACACACACACACACACACACACACACACACACACACACACACACACACACACAGGUGAACCCUGCAAUCCUAGGAUUGUACAGUACUCCCUCCUCCCACUUUGGAGUCCCUUCUUCUGCUAAUUGAAAUACCAGGCAGAUAUAGUUGAUGUGGGAGUUUACUGAUAACGAUGUGGGAUCUUUGAAUUCCCUGACACAAUUCACUGUGUGGUUAUGUACCCCGCUGGUCUGCCAGCCAGGCCUCAACUCUCUCCUCAUUAGCCCACUGCAGGGGCACUGAGUCACAGCACACAGCCCAGACACAGACACAGACCCAGUCUCACCCAGACCCAGCAGGGACCACUGUGACCUCCCUGGUACUGGCAAAGAGAGCAGAGCACACACAGGCCCAUAAGCAUGAACACAUACAUACAGUGCCUUGCAAAAGUAUUCAUCCUCCUUGGCGUUUUUCCUAUUUUGUUGCAUUACAACCUGUAAUUUAAAUAGAUUUUUAUGUGGAUUUCAUGUAAUGGACAUACACAAAAUAGUCCAAAUUGGUGAAGUGAAAUGAAAAAAAUAACUUGUUUCAAAAAAGUAUAAAAAAUAAAUAAUGGAAAAGUGGUGCGUGCAUAUGUAUUCACCCCCUUUGCUAUGAAGCCCCUAAAUAAGAUCUGGUGCAACCAAUUACCUUCAGAAGUCACAUAAUUAGUUAAAUAAAGUCCACUUGUGUGCAAUCUAAGUGUCACAUGAUCUGUCACAUGAUCUUAGUAUAUAUACACCUGUUCUGAAAGAACCCAGAGUCUGCAACACCACUAAGCAAGGUGCACCACCAAGCAAGCGGCACCAUGAAGACCAAGGAGCUCUCCAAACAGGUCAGGGACAAAGUUGUGGAGAAGUACAGAUCAGGGUUGGGUUAUAAAAAAAUAUCCGUAACUUUUAACAUUCCACGGAGCACCAUUAAAUCCAUGUUUAAAAAAGGAAAGAAUAUGGCACCACAACAAACCUGCCAAGAGAGGGCCGCCCACCAAAACUCACGGACCAGGCAAGGAGGGCAUUUAUCAGAGAGGCAACAAAGAGACCAAAGAUAACCCUGAAGGAGCUGCAAAGCUCCACAGCGGAGAUUGGAGUAUCUGUCCAUAGGACCACUUUAAGCCGUACACUCCACAGAGCUGGGCUUUACAGAAGAGUGGCAAGAAAAAAGCCAUUGCUUAAAGAAAAAAACAAGCAAACACGUUUGGUGUUCGCCAAAAGGCAUGUGAGAGACUCCCCAAACAUAUAGAAGAAGGUACUCUGGUCAGAUGAGACUAAAAUUGAGCUUUUUGGCCAUCAAGGAAAACGCUAUGUCUAGCGCAAAACCAACACUUCUCAUCACCCCGAGAACACCAACCAUGGUGGUGUCAGCAUCAUGCUGUGGGGAUGUUUUUCAUCGGCAGGGACUGGGAAACUGGUCAGAAUUGAAGGAAUGAUGGAUGGCACUAAAUACAGGGAAAUUCUUGAGGGAAAUCUGUUUGUCUUCCAGAGAUUUGAGACUGGGACGGAGGUUCACCUUCCAGCAGGACAAUGACCCUAAGCAUACUGCUAAAGUAACACUCAAGUGGUUUAAGGGAAACAUUUAAAUGUCUUGGAAAUGGCCUAGUCAAAGCCCAGACCUCAAUCCAAUUGAGAAUCCGUGGUAUGAUUUAAAGAUUGCUGUACACCAGCGGAACCCAUCCAACUUGAAGGAGCUGGAGCAGUUUUGCCUUGAAGAAUGGGCAAAAAUCCCAGUGGCUAGAUGUGCCAAGUUAUAGACAUACCCCAAGAGGCUUGCAGCUGUAAUUGCUGCAAAAGGUGCAAAGUAUUGACUUUGGGGGGGGGGGGGGGGGGGUGAAUAGUUAUGCACGCUCAAGUUUUCUGUUUUUUUUGUCUUAUUUCUUGUUUGUUUCACCCCAAAAAAUAUUUUGCAUCUUCAAAGUGGUAGGCAUGUUGUGUAAAUCAAAUGAUACAACCACCCCCAAAAAUCAAUUUUAAUUCCAGGUUGUAAGACAACAAAAUAGGAAAAAUGCCAAGGGGGGUGAAUACUUUCACAAGCCACUGCACAGUACUUGCAUGCACAGGCACGUACACAUAAUAAACUCUGCACACACACAUAGCCGUGCACACACACACACAUGCAAGAACACAUGAACAGAAACACUCACCCGUAUGUGCAUGUGAAGACACUGAGCACUGCCCAGCUCACUAGCCACGUCUUAGCUGACUCCAGUACACAUACACACAAUCACUUUCAUAUGUCAGAUUAAUCACAUAGGCACAUUUAUGUUGCAGUCAGAAGGAUUUUCUUAAAUGCACUUAAAUAGAUUUAGAUCCUUUCAGACGUUCCAAGGCAGUUGUGAACAGACACACACGCACACACGCACGCACGCACGCACGCGCGCACACACACACACACACACACGAGCACACACACACACACACACACACACCCACACACUUUAAUUUGCACAACACUAGGAGUGAUUGUAUGGGCCCUGGUCUAAACAGAGCCAUGUGCUGUGGAGACAGAAGACAUUCAGGUGGCUAUCAUGAGACAUGAGCCUGCUGCAGUCCUGUGCCCUGCCCGAGGGAGACACACACACAUACACUCUCUCACACAAACCAUUAGGCUGGAUAUUUACAGUACAGCACAAGGCCAGACUCCCUCUGCCAAGCAACCAUUAACCAUUAACGUCAUACCCAGGACAUGCUCAGCUCCUUAACUAUGUGUUCUAGAAGACACACAGAAGAAUGAUUACUCAAGCUUUCCAUGAAUGCAUCUUUCUUGUCUUUUUCCUUUAUGUUGUAUGUGAUCACUCUGUGUUGUCCCCCUCCUCAACUCAAUAUCUUUAUAGCCUUGAAUUCUGAGUUCCAAAUAACAAACCAUCAAGCACACACACUCAAUAGCAUAUUUUCUGUAUUUUACAGUACAAAAGCGAUAAUGGAUGGAGAGCAGCAAUACUUUUACCUACUGUUGUUUACAGUAAGAAUGAGGGAAAUAAUGGAAAAUAAUAAGUUAUUAACAGUAUUUUAUAAUGCAGUGAAAUUGUAUUAAAAUAGGUAAAAGAAAAAGAGCAAUUCUCUUUAACAUGUCAAGAGAGCGUUUUUCAGUGCAGAAUUCCCAGAAAAGGAAGAUCAGUGAUUCAUUUAAUAUGCUUCCAGACCUCGACGUUAACAAUGGGAGCAAUAGGUUUCCAAUGUCAUUCAUCACUAACCGAUGUGAAAGUCCACACUUGGUAUUUAGAUUUGGUAUUUAUAAGCGACAGUACAUUAUAUAGAGGUAAUAAUACACUGUAUGUAUCAUACCCCAUACAUCGCAGUGCCGUCAGAAAGUAUUCAUACCCCUUGACUUAUAAUUAUUUUAAUUGUAUUUUUCUCUCACCCAUCUACACACAAGAUCCCAAAAUGACAAAGUGAGAACAUGUUUUUAAACAUUUUUGCAAAUUUAUUGAAAAUGAAAUACAGAAAUAUCUCAUUUUCAUAAGUACUCACACCUCUGAGUCAAUACUUUGUAGAAUGCACCUUUGGCAGCGAUAACAGCUGUGAGUCUUUCUGGUAAGUCUCUAAGAGCUUUCCACACCCGGAUUGUGCAACAUUUGCCCGUUAUUCUUUACAAAAUUCUUCGGGCUCUGUCAAAUUGGUUGUUGAUCAUUGCUAGACAACCAUAGACUUUCAAGUAGAUUUAAGUCAAAUCUGUACCUCAGCCACUCAGGAACAUUUACUGUCUUCUUGGUAAGCAACUCCAGUGUAGAUUUGGCCUUGUGUUUUAGGUUAUUGUCCUGCUGAAAGGUGAAUUAAUCUCCCAGUCUGGUGGAAAGCAGACUGAACCAGGUUUUCCUCUAGGAUUUUGCCUGCCUGUCCAUUCUCUUUAUACCCCCCCCUGAAAAACUCCUCAGUCCUUAUUGAUUACAAUGCAUACCCAUUACAUGAUGCAGCCACCACUAUGCUUGAAAAUAUGGAGUGGUACUCAGUAAUGUGUUGCAUUGGAUUUGCCUCAAACAAAACAUUUGUAUUUAGGACAAAAAGUUAAUUGCUUUGCCACAUUUUUUUGCAGUAUCACUUUAGAGCUUUCUUCUUUUCACUCUGUCAAUUAUGUUAGUAUUGUGAAUUAACUACAAUGUUGUUGAUUCAUCCUCAGUUUUCUCCUAUCACAGCCAUUAAACUCUGUAACUGUUUUGAAGUCACCUUUGGCCUCAUGAAAUCCCUGAACGGUUUCCUUCCUCUCCGGCAACUGAGUUAGGAAGGACACCUGUAUCUUUGUAGUGACUGGGUGUAUUGAUACACCAUCUAAAGUGUCAUUAAUAACUUCACCAUACUCAAAGGGAUAUUCAAUGUCUGCUUUUUUCUACCAAUAGGUGCCCUUCUUUGCGAGGCGUUGGAAAACCUCUCUGUUUUUUGUGGUUGAAUCUGUGUUUGAAAUUCACUGCUUAAUGGAGAUACCUUACAGAUAAUUGUAUGUGUGGGGUACAGAGAUGAGGUAGUCAUUCAAAAAUCAUGUUAAACACUAUUAUUGCACACAGAGUGCAUGCAACUUAUUAUGUGACCUGUUAAACAGAUUUUUACUCCUGAACUUAUUGAGGCUUGCCAUUUCAAAGGAGUUGAAUACUUAUUGACUCAAGACAUUUCAGCUUUUCAUUUGUAAUUCAUUUUUUAAAAAUUCGAAAAACAUAAUUCCACUUUGACAUUAUGGAGUGUCGUGUUUAGGCCAGUGACACAAAAAUAUCAGUUUAAUCCAUUUGAAAUUCAGGCUGUAACAAAAUGUGGAAAAAGUCAAGGGGUGUGAAUACUUUCUGAAGGCACUGUGGUUUUAUCCCAAGUGUUGGCAAAAUGUGAAGCCAGCAUUUGGUUGCCUAGAUAUAGUGGUCAGGUUCUAAAUGAAAGGAAUUAUUUUCCAUUUUCCAUUGAGUUUUUAGUCAUGAAGCAGAAGCUUUUAUCCAGAGAGACUUACAAUACCAAGUGCAUUUCAACAAGCAGGCAAAAAACUAACACUUUUUAUGAGCAUCAUAUGUAAAACCCUCCUCAAAGGGAAUGCUAGUAACACACUAACACAUUCUGUGUGUGUGUCUGUGUGUGUGUGUGCAUACAUGUGUGUGUGUGUGCGUGUGUGUGUGUUUGUGUGUGUGUCAACAGGAGAACCACUGCCUGCGUAUUAAGAUUCUUGGUGACUGCUACUACUGUGUGUCUGGGCUGCCAGAGGCCCGGGCCGACCACGCAUCCUGCUGUGUGGAGAUGGGUGUGGACAUGAUCGAGGCCAUCUCGUGAGUAUGGCACGGCCAAAUACAUAUAAACGGUGUAUAUUACAUAAAUGUAUGUCUAUGGACACAACAGACCUGGUCUGGUCUGGCUCUGUCCAGCACAGCUCACGCUAAAACAACCUUGUCUAGAGAGAAUUGAGUUUCAUUCCAAAACGCUAUAUAUCCAUUUUCAGAAAUGUUGGUAAAUGAGCUUUUAUUGUUUAAAAACCUUAUGAAAGAGAUUGGUAUGUUUUUUCACCACCUAAUUACUGCGCGGGGUUGUUCAAUAGCAGACAUGUAUAUGAUUGAAAUCUAUCACUUGAUGGUUUCAUUUCAGAGAGACAAAUAAUCAUGUUGUUUAGCAAAAUGCUAUAUUUCACUCUCAGAGAGAUAAGUAGUAGAUCUGUAUGUAAUAUGACAUUUUAGUCAUUUAGUGGAUGCUCUUAUCCAGAAAGACUUACAGUAAGUGCAUUCAUCUUAAAAUAGCUAGGUGAGACAACCACAUAUCACAGUCAAAUAUACAGGAUACGAACAUUCCAUUCCAGCUAAACAAUGUAUAUAUAGCGUUUUGCAAAAAACACAUUUUCAUACACAUCUAAAAUCUAUUAAUAAAAAAUCUGAGAACAGUUAUAUUAUACACACACAUGAAGUUACCCAAAAUGAUUGACAAACACAAAUGUGAAAAAUAGGUUGAUAUUGCGUUUUGGAAAUAAACUCUACAAUUGUUCUUCAACUCUGGUCCUGGAGAGCCACAGGAUGUUACAAGCCUUGUUUCAGACAGGUGGUAGGAGGCAGGUGUGCAUUAGUGCCAUAGUACUCCUCCACUUCCAAGCCCAGAGAAACCAGAAAGGUUCAAAUCAGGUUCACUCUAUACCCAUGAAGAGGCACUUAGCCUAAUUUGUGUCUGCAGAGUUUGAGUCAAUGAGUCCAGGACAGGUGCUUGGUGUGCUUGAAACAGUAUUUCUUUGUGGUUUCUGGUUGGUGUUUGCUGAGAGAGAUAAGGGCUGGCUGAUUUAUUGAUUGGCUGUUUCUGAAUGAUGAGACAGAUGUCUGUCUCCACCCACAGACCUGACUGUCUGCCCCUCAGCACUCCUGUCAUCAGUAGUGUGUUUGUGUGUGUGUGCGUGUGUGUGUCAAUGUGUGUGUGUGUGUGCGCGUUCGUGCAAUUGACUGUGUUUUCGUCCCUUAGACCAGAGCGGCUGUGGUUAUUGCAUUUCUACUUCACUUAGCUCUCUCCUUUUUCUAAGCAGUCCCCCAACUUCCAUGAUGCAAUAACAUGGAACAAUGUUGAAAAAUCUAGAAUAUUGCCACUGAUUAAGAAUUUAAAAGCCGACCUAUGCCCAGUCAGUUGAAAAAUGACCAUACUGUAGUGAGAAAAUAUUUUGGGUCAGUGUCCCUGCCCUCUACAUUCACACAGAGUCAGUGAGGCACCGCAUUAGGAGACUGCUCUGAGGUUGUCCUCAGUUAGAACAUUAGCUGUGAUGUUAUAAUGAGGUUUAGGUGAUUACAGCAUUGUAACCAAAGUUACUGAGCUUGAGCAAUUUUGACAAAAACAAUGGAUAUAUGUUAUUAAUUUUUUUUGGGGGGGGGGGGGGGGGGGGGGGGGUGGAUCAGCUUAAUAUUGCAGAUAGAUUGUAUCUUCUAUCAAUGUAAUUGUCUUCAUCACUUCCAGUCCCCCAUGUUUUUUAUAUACAGUGGGGAGAACAAGUAUUUGAUACACUGCCGAUUUUGCUGGUUUUCCUACUUACAAAGCAUGUAGAGGUCUGUAAUUUUUAUCAUAGGUACACUUCAACUGUGAGAGACUAAUCUAAAACAAAAAUCCAGAAAAUCACAUUGUAUGAUUUUUAAAUAAUUAAUUUGCAUUUUAUUGCAUGACAUAAGUAUUUGAUACAUCAGAAAAGCAGAACUUAAUAUUUGGUACAGAAACCUUUGUUUGCAAUUACAGAGAUCAUACAUUUCCUGUAGGUCUUGACCAGGUUUGCACACACUGCAGCAGGGAUUUUGGCCCACUCCUCCAUACCGACCUUCUCCAGAUCCUUCAGGUUUCGGGGCUGUCACUGGGCAAUACGGACUUUCAGCUCCAUCCAAAGAUUUUCUUUUGGGUUCAGGUCGGGAGACUGGCUAGGCCACUCCAGGACCUUGAGAUGCUUCUUACGGAGCCACUCCUUAGUUGCCCUGGCUGUGUGUUUCGGGUCGUUGUCAUGCUGGAAGACCCAGCCACGACCUAUCUUCAAUGCUCUUACUGAGGGAAGGAGGUUGUUGGCCCGAGUGGCGCAGUGGUCUAAGGCACUGCAUCGCAGUGCUAGCUGUGCCACUAGAGAUCCUGGUUCGAAUCCAGGCUCUGUCGUAGCCGGCCGCGACCGGGAGACCCAUGGGGCGGCGCGCAAUUGGCCCAGCGUCGUCCAGGGUAGGGGAGGGAAUGGCCGGCAGGGAUGUAGCUCAGUAGAUAGAGCAUGGCGUUUGCAACGCCUGGGUUGUGGGUUCGUUUCCCACAGGGGGUAUGAAAAAAAAAAUAUAUAUAUAUAUGCAUGCACUAACUGUAAGUCGCUCUGGAUAAGAGCGUCUGCUAAAUGACUAAAAUGAAAAUGUAAAAAGAUCUCGCGAUACAUGGCCCCAUCCAUCCUCCCCUCAAUACGGUGCAGUCGUCCUGUCCCCUUUGCAGAAAAGCAUCCCCAAAGAAUGAUGUUUGCACCUCCAUGCUUCACGGUUGGGAUGGGGUUGUACUCAUCCUUCUUCUUCCUCCAAACACGGCGAGUGGAGUUUAGACCAAAAAGUUCUAUUUUUGUCUCAUCAGACCACAUGAACUUCUCCCAUUCCUCCUCUGGAUCAUCCAGAUGGUCAUUGGCAAACUUCAGACGGGCCUGGACAUGCGCUGGCUUGAGCAGGGGGACCUUGCGUGCGCUGCAGGAUUUUAAUCCAUGACGCCGUAGUGUGUUACUAAUGGUUUUCUUUGAGACUGUGGUCCCAGCUCUCUUCAGGUCAUUGACCAGGUCCUGCCGUGUAGUUCUGGGCUGAUCCCUCACCUUCCUCUUGACCAUUGAUGCCCCACGAGGUGAGAUCUUGCAUGAAGCCCCAGACCGAGGGUGAUUGACCGUCAUCUUGAACUUCUUCCAUUUUCUAAUAAUUGCGCCAACAGUUGUUGCCUUCUCACCAAGCUGCUUGCCUAUUGUCCUGUAGCCCAUCCCAGCCUUGUGCAGGUCUACAAUUUUAACCCUGAUGUCCUUACACAGCUCUCUGGUCUUGGCCAUUGUGGAGAGGUUGGAGUCUGUUUGAUUGAGUGUGUGGACAGGUGUCUUUUAUACAGGUAACGAGUUCAAACAGGUGCAGUUAAUACAGGUAAUGAGUGGAGAACAGGAGGGCUUCUUAAAGAAAAACUAACAGGUCUGUGAGAGCCGGAAUUCUUACUGGUUGGUAGGUGAUCAAAUACUUAUGUCAUGCAAUAAAAUGCAAAUUAAUUACUAAAAAAUCAUACAAUAUGAUUUUCUGGAUUUUUGUUGAAGUGUACCUAUGAUAAAAAUUACAGACCUCUACAUGCUUUGUAAGUAGGAAAACCUGCAAAAUCGGCAGUGUAUCAAAUACUUGUUCACCCCACUGUAUAUACUCCCCUUUAUUACUUUUCAACCCCUCCAUCCUUUCCCUACUUGGAGUAAAUUAGUGAACAACAAUGCCCAGGCCUCUACUUCCGAUCUAUACUUACUAUCUACACCUUAUGGACAGAGUUAAUUUUACAAUAAUUAUAUUAUAUAUAUAUAAUUAUUUAUUUUUUUGCUCCUGAACUUCUUCUACUCUCAACCUCUCCGAUCAUUUUCAUGAUGUCCAUCCGGUUUGCUUCUAUAUGCCAUAUCUUUCUAACUGUGCUCUUUCCCAAAAGCUCCCAACAUACAACCUAUAUAAUUAUAAUGGACACAGUAUGCUUACAUUAUUAGCUAUCUUUGUUAUUAUUUGUUGUUAUUUGUUAUUAGUCCCAUCCUUCAACUCUAUUCAAUACCUCCCAUCUCUCUCUUAACACCAUCCAUAUAGGAUUUCUAUUUGCCAUAUAUAUUUCAACCGUACUGUGAUGUUUUACAAGAGUUCUGAACCUUUCUAUUCUCAUUGCUUCUACAGAUUGUGAAUUAAAAAUAAACAUUUUUGCUAAAAGUAUUAUUAUAUUAUUGAUUGAUUGACUAUGACUUUUCAGAUCACCCAGUAAUGCUAUCUGGGAAGGUUAGCUCCAGGUAAAUAUUGCAAUCCUUUAGCCAUUCCUGGACCUGUGUCCAAAAACAAGCUACAAAUGGACAGAACCAAAACAAAUGAUCUAAUGAUUCUGUCUCUUCACAGCAAAAUCUGCAGAGCUGGGAAGAUUGUAUCCCCCAUAUAAAUAACAUUAUAUUGGUAGCAAGAAUUGUAUAUAAUAAUUUAAAUUGAAAGAUUCUAAUUUUUGAAUCCGGUGUUGUUUUGCGUGUCAGUUCAUAAACACUAUGCCAUGGGAUCGGUACGUCAAAGAUCUCUUCCCAACUAUUUUGCAAUCUAUAUGGGACGGCUGUCAAUCCUUUGGUCCUUAAGUGAAACUGAUAUACUUUUUUAUUUAUCGCAGUUUUCCUUAACCAAUUAUGUUCUUUAAUGCAAGGCCGACAGACAAGUUCCUUACUUUCUCCCCCUUCCACUUUCCUCUUCCACUUUUGCGUUAAGGCUGCAAUUAUUUGGUUGUAAUUUUGGGUAGAGCAGACAUUUCCAUAUGUUUAUGUUAGCUGCAUGUGCGACAUAACUCCACCAGUCCUACCGAUGAUAUCAUUUACGAAGAUUAUACCUUUUUUAAACAUUCUGUCAAAAAAUAAAGUUUUUUUGUCAAUUAGUAUAUUUGAAUUUAACCACAAUAUUUGUUGCAUUAUUUGUUCUGUCGUUUCUGGAGGAUUAAAUUGAAAUUGCAACCAACUUUCUAUGGCUUGUUUUAGAAAUAGUGAUAUUUGGGAGAUGAUUUCCUUUUCAAAUAACUGCAAAUGAGUUGUUGUAGCUGAAUAAAGGGAAAAAGGCCUUUCUUGAACAUUGGGUGAGACAAUCUUACUAAUUUGCUUGAGAACCAGUUCGGGUUUAAGUAUAACUUUUGUAUGACUGAAGCUUUUAGUGAUAGGUCUAAUGCUUUAAUAUUUAAUAAUUUCUGUCGUCCGAAUUCAUAUUCAUUAUAUAAAUAUGCCCUUUUAAUUUUGUCUGGCUUGCCGUUCCAAAUAAAAUUGAAUAUUUUUUUCUCAUAUAAUUUAAAAAACUGUUCGCUAGGUGUAGGCAAGACCAUAAGCAAAUAGAUAAACUGGGAAAACACUAAAGAGUUAAUCAGGGUGAUUUUUCCACAAAUUGACAGGUAUUUUCCUUUCCAUGGUAGUAAGAUCUUAUCUAUUUUUGCUAACUUUCUAUUAAAAUUUAUUGAAGUGAGAUCAUUUAUUUCCUUUGGGAUAUGUAUUCCGAGUAUAUCCACAUCACCAUCAGACCAUUUUAUUGGUAAAUUACAUGGUAAUGUAUAAAUUGUAUUUUUUAGUGAUCCAAUACGUAAUAUAGUACAUUUGUCAUAAUUUGGUUGUAAUCCAGAGAGGUUAGAAAAUGUAUCUAGAUCCUCUAUGAGGCUGUGGAGGGAUUCUAGUUGUGGAUUUAAAAGAAAACAUGAAUCAUCAGCGUCCAAUGACACCUUUGUUUUUAAGCCCUGUAUUUCUAAUCCUCUGAUAUUAUUAUUGGAUCUGAUUUUAAUAGCUAACAUCUCGAUGGCCACAAUAAAUAGAUAUGCCGAUAGUGGACAACCUUGUUUCACUCCUCUUGACAGUUUAAAACAUUCUGAGAAAUAGCCAUUAUUUACUAUUUUACACCUAGGGUUACUAUACAUGAUUUUGACCCAUUUUAUAAGAGAUUCUCCAAAAUUGAAAUGCUCCAGGCAUUUAUAUAUAAACCCCAGUCGAAUUUUAUCAAAUGCCUUUUCGAAGUCUGCUAUGAAUAGCAGGCCUGGUUUCCCAUAUUUUCCAUAGUGUUCUAUUGUUUCCAAUACUUGCCUUAUAUUAUCUCCAAUGUAUCUUCCAUGUAAAAAACCUGUCUGACUAGAAUGAAUAAUAUCCGACAAUACCUUUUUAAUUCUAUGCGCUAUACAUUUUGCUAGGAUUUUUGCAUCACAACACUGAAGUGUAAGGGGCCUCCAAUUUUGUAAAUGGACUGGAUCUUUAUAUUUUCCACUUGUAUCCUGUUUCAGUAAUAAUGAGAUCUUCUUCUUGAGUGUCAGAUAAUCUACCAUUUAAAUAGGAGUGGUUAAAACAUGCUAAAAACGGUCCUCUUAGUAUAUCAAAAAAGGUUUGGUAUACCUCGACUGGUAUGCCAUCCAACCCUGGAGUUUUCCCAGACUUAAAGUAUUUAAUUGCAUCCAGAUGUUCCUCCUCUGUAAUUUCACCUUCACAUGAGUCUUUCUGUGUGGCUGUUAAUUUGACAUUAUCAAUAGAAAAAAAUCUCUACAAUUAGCUUCAGUUAGAGGAGAUGGAGGCGACUGAAAAGAAAACAUAUGCUUAAAGUACUUUGUUUCUUCCUUCAAAAUAUCAUUUGGUGAAUUAUGGGUGACUCCGUCAAUUGUAACCAGUUUCAUUAAGUUAUUUUUGGUAGCAUUCCUAUGUUGAAGAUUAAAAAAGAAUUUAGUGCAUUUUUCCCCAUAUUCCAUCCAGUUUGCUUUAUUUUUAUAAUAUAUUACACUUGAUCUUUCUUGAAUAAGUUUCUCCAUUUCUUUUUGUUUUUCCUCUAAUUUAUUCUGAGCCUCUAUGUUACAGUUUUUAUUGCCAUCUAUCUGUUCUGUUAGACUUUCGAUUUCCUUUCUUAGUAUAAACUCUUUUGACCUAAAUUGCUUUUGUUUUCGAGAUGAGUACUGAAUUGCAUGGCCUCUAAAGGCACAUUUAAAGGUGUCCCAUACAAUAAGGGGAUUCGCUGUACCUAUGUUAUGUUGGAAAAAGUCAGUUAUAAAUUCCUUUGUUCUAAUUAUAAAUAAAUUAUCAUCCAAUAGGCUUUGAUUACAUUUCCAAUAUCCUCGCCCACGUGGAAAUUCAGUAAGAGUAAUGUAUAUGCCUAUUAUAUGAUGGUCCGACCGCAUUCUGUCCCCUAUCAACACUUUUUUUUUUACUUUUGGUGCCAACGAGAAUGAGAUAAGAAAGAAGUCAAGACGACUAGCUUGAUUCAGUCUCCGCCAUGUAUAUCUCACUAGAUCAGUAUAUUUAAGCCUCCAUAUAUCUACUAGUUCUAAUGUAUCCAUGACAUUCACAAUUUCCUUAAGAGCAUGUGGGUGAUUGUUUGUGGUGUGAUUACCUUUACGGUCCAUUGAGCUAUUUAAAACAGUAUUAUAAUCCCCCACCAUAAUAAUAUUGUCUUGAGUUGCUUGCAGGCUUGAUAAUGGAUUAUAUAUAUUGUCAAAUAAUUGUGGAUCAUCAUUAUUUGGUCCGUAAAGGUUAAUGAGCCAUAUCUGUUUAUGGUCCGAUAACAUAUUUAAAAUAAUCCAUCUACCUUGCGUAUCUAUUUGGACAAUUUGCACAUUCGGAUCGAAAUUACUAUUCAUUAAUAUCAUCACCCCUUUUGAAUUUCUUUUCCCAUGGGAGAAGUAUAUUUCCCUCCCCCAUUAUUUUUUCCACGCUACUUCAUCUCGAAUUGUUGAAUGAGUUUCCUGUAUACAAUAGAUAUUAUAUUCAUUCUCUUUGAGCCAAUUUCCAAUAUCCUCGCCCACGUGGAAAUUCAGUAAGAGUAAUGUAUAUGGCUAUUAUAUGAUGGUCCGACCGCAUUCUGUCCCCUAUCAACACUUUUUUUACUUUUGGUGCCAACGAGAAUGAGAUAAGAAAGAAGUCAAGACGACUAGCUUGAUUCAGUCUCCGCCAUGUAUAUCUCACUAGAUCAGUAUAUUUAAGCCUCCAUAUAUCUACUAAUUCUAAUGUAUCCAUGACAUUCACAAUUUCCUUAAGAGCAUGUGGGUGAUUGUUUGUGGAUAAUGUUGCCCUAAAGCUCUUUGCAGACGGAAAUAUUGCCGAUUUCCUAGCCGAGUACACAACUUGUCCCUCUAGUCAAAGCGGCUAGUGCCUAGGAGGGCGACAGCCGCCCAUGACCAUAGCAACGAAAUAACCAAAUAUUAUCGACAUAAAAACGUAUUUACAUGCAAUAGAAAUUAUGAAUCCAAAAAUAGAUUAGAAAGCAGUUACUUUUAUUGUUAAAAGUGACUCUGUAAACUGAUAGUGUUAGCCAGCUAGCUAGCUAGCUAAAGUGGGCAAGUUAGCUGGACAUACGUGCUGAUGUAUCACAACGCAGGCUACAUUUUCUAGUGUGAUUGGUCAACAAUCGGCUGAGCUGCUUCCACGGGCACGAGCACCGCUGACCGCUCCGCCUGGAUAGAAUACUUGGGAACAGAUUUCCUAUUUUAUCCCUCCAAAAUCAGUGCUCAGUGGUCUCUAACUGUUUCUGUCUCUGUCUGUGUGUGUGUUCUAGGCUCGUGAGGGAGGUCACGGGGGUCAACGUGAACAUGCGCGUGGGCAUCCAUAGUGGCAGGGUCCACUGCGGGGUGCUGGGACUCAGGAAGUGGCAGUUUGACGUGUGGUCCAACGAUGUCACGUUAGCUAAUCACAUGGAGGCUGGGGGCGCAGCAGGGUACAUCCGGCCAAUCAUGACAAACCAGUACACAGUCAAUCACCCAAUGUUCUCCUAUGCUCUGUAUCAAUAUACACUAUAAUACUACCUAAAAUAGCACUUAGAAUUAAGUGAUGUAUUGGGCAUGCAUUCUAAGUGGUAUACUAGUAUGGAUAUUGGAUAUGUAAGGGCUAAUCAACUAGGGCCUAUGCAUUCUAUGGAAAAGAAUGAACGACGUGGAAGGUGUGUUCCACGACGCACUAGCAGUCCCAGAGAACACAUAGAGCCCCGAGUUGAUUAUACCUUUUAUACCUAUAAUUUAACACAUUUGCCACUAGAAAUGUGUUCAACAUCCACUGAAGUAGCUAGCAAGUUUACUAGAUAGCUACAGUAGUUGCUGUGGUAACAAAACAAACAGACUUGCUAGUUUAGCUAACCAAAUUAUGAAAAUCGAAUUCAACAAUACCAAUACUGUUUUCAAUUCAACUUUUGCUUUCAUAAGCAGCUCAAACAAAACAUGUACAAAUUUACUAUAGCAAUUAAAUUAUACAGUGCAAAUAUACCGUGCCUUGUAGAGAAAUAAUGCACGCUCUAGAAUGCCCUUCAAGCCAAUCAGAAAGGAGUAUUCAACAAUGCCAUGGUAUAAAAUCUCUAUAUAUCACUGGCAAACAAAGAUUUACACUACAUUAUUAUGACAGUUUUACACAAUCCUUUUCUAUGGUAUAAUCCUGAAAUGAAUUGAUGAAUAAUGUCAAUUCCUGACCAUUGUGUCCAGUAAGUUAUUGCUGUGUUAUUGUGCCAGGCGGAUCCACAUCACCAAGGCCACUCUGAACUACCUGAAUGGAGACUAUGACGUGGAGCCAGGAUCAGGAGGAGAGAGGAACGUCUAUCUGAAGAAGCACAAUAUAGAAACCUACCUCAUCGUGGGCUGCAGCCAGAAAAGGGUACAGUACAGCCUUAUCAACCCUUUACUGUUAGAUUAGGUUAUUAUUAUGACUAUGGCCCAGAGGUUUACCUGAUCACGUGAUCUGACCUUAAAGGGACACCUCACAGUUUGUUUUACGGCAUAUUUCAUUGCUAUUUUCACAUGUAGACACUAGUAUGGUGCUGGAGAUAAUGAAUAAAGUAAUACUAGUAAUACUAGUCCCGUGGAAAUACGGCUUUACACAGACAUGAGUAAGAUUUCCAAUGUAAAUUACACAGACAUGAGUAAGAUUUCCAAUGUAGAAACUUGACUAGGAAAAACUCUGGUUGACCGUAAUAGGAAAACAAACUCAGCCCUGCUGAGUCAAAAUUCUGAUACAUUUUCAUAAACACUUUUUUAUUUACUGGCUGAUUAUCGAGCUUUCAGGCUGUCUUAUUUUUUUUAUAAGCAGCUGGUCGGCUUACUUUUGGAAAUCAUGCAUGUUUGAACCACUACACUCAUCCCAGGUCAGCUAUCACUACCUAUAAGCAUAUUUAAUUGUAGUAGGAACCGUUGAAAACAUGUAACUGAUCUACAGUAGAUUAAGGGAUUGUUGCAUGGAAUUCCCCCAGUAUUCCCCUAGAAAUACAGCAUAGCUGUAAGGGGUGGAAAUGGGGGGCAACCCAGGAUAACUGUGUUCCGGGAGUGAAAUCAUUUUGACAUUUAAACAUGAGGUUUAACAUGAUCUUUAAUUCAAGGAUUUUACAUUGGUAGUUUCCUGCUCCCCAGAGUGACUUUUUCCAUUACCACCCCUAGUAUAUCUGUCUCCCUUGCAUUGCAGAAAGAAGAGAAGGCGAUGAUAGCGAAAAUGAACCGUCAGCGCGCCAACUCUGUCUCCCACAACACGGGCCACUGGACCGACCGACCAUUCUACAACCACGGAGGAAACCAGAUCUCCAAGGAGAUGAAGAGGAUGGUGAGAGACCAUUCUGCCCUCACCGCCAUUCGUACUUUAUCUUUACUCUUCUCUGAUCUGGCCUUCACAGCAAGGCCAGGUUGUAGUUGUUUUGUGUUUAUGUAUUAACCAGGGACUAUAGAAAGCCAAGGACGUGAGGCGGUUUUGUCAUUGCAUACAGUAUAUCUUUCAUUGUCUCUCUAGGCUCUCUCUCUGUCCCUGCUCCGGUGUCCGAGAAACCCCACAGAGAGAGAGAGAGAGAGAGAGAGAGAGAGAGAGAGAGAGAGAGAGAGAGAGAGAGAGAGAUAGAGAGAGAGAUAGAUAGAGAGAGAGGAGAGAGAGGAGAGAGAGAGAGAGAGAGAGAGAGAGAGAGAGAGAGAGAGAGAGGAGCAGAGUCAGUGGAGCGGUAGCAGGAUGGCCACAGUCAGUCACACCCUUAAUGAUUUAAUCAGUCACCAAUAAGGGAAACUCACCUGAGGCGGAUACACCUUUUAUCUGUGUGUUUCCUGUCUGUGUAGACAUCAGUGCAUAACUACCACAGGUACAUAUAAUAAUAUUAUAAUAGUCAUUUUAUCCCAAUACACUUUUUUCCAAAACUGUCAGUAUUGACAGUGACACAUAUAUUCAAUAUAUCCAUGUCUCUCCUCUCUUCUGAGAUGACGAUGUAAAUCAUUUGCAUUCAGUAAUGAAUUCCCAGAAAGCUUCUGUAUAGUCUCAAGGGUAGAGGGGGUGGCAGGCUGGCAUGCUGGCACCAAGCAGUGGCCCUUCACACUAUGGUUCACCUCUCCAGCAAGUGUCUCUCGAGGACUACUCACUCUGUCACAAUACAAUACGUGGGCAACAGGGAUGAACAAAUGCCAUAACAUUCAGUCAGUGAGGUCCCAUCUGUAGCAGAAUAACAUUACUCAGAAUCCCAGGGGGAAUCAUCUCUCUAACACAACAAAGACAUACACAAAAGCACACACACAUACACACACACGCGUACACAAACACAUACACACGCACGCAAGCACAAACACACAGAAAAUUGCUAUAGUGGUGUGACCAUUGAGUCCUCUUUCUGUUCCCCAAGGCCUCCCACUGUGCUAAAACAAUGCUGCUAUGGUGACUCACUGUCUGUUGUUUACCUUUCCUCCUCUCUCUUUCCCUCCCCUCCCCUCUCACCUCCUCUCCUUUUCUCUCCUCUCCUCUCCUAACAUUAACUCAAGGGCACUAUGUCCAAACAAUAAUGGUCUGAAUCUGGUUCCAAUCGUAGCACCUGCCUACUAUUGUCUUCACCCCAGAGUUUUUGGUGUGCAGAUUUCAAUCAGAUAAUUAUUUCUGGUUAUCUCUUUAUCUUAUUAUCUCUUCCCUGCUGGAUCUGAAAUCAGUGUCUGAAAUCAGUGACUGAGCUCAGUGCGUGUGGGCGUAAGUAAGUCCUGUCUGAUUUAAUUAUUGGCUAGCUGCGACAGGACAGCUGUAUUGUGAGAGACCGUCUCUCUAUGGCAGCCUUUCUCAAUAGCAAGGCUAUGCUCACUGAGUCUGUACAUAGUCAAAGCUUUCCUUAUGUUUGGGUCAGUCACAGUGGUCUGGUAUUCUGCCACUGUGUACUCUCUGUUUAGGGCCAGAUAGCAUUCUAGUUUGCUCUGUUUUUUUGUAAAUCCAAUGUGUGAAGUAUUUAUCUUUCUGUUUUCUCAUGAUUUGGUUGGGUCUAAUUGUGUUGUUGUUGUUGUCCUGGGGCUAUGUGGGGUCUGUUUGUGUUUGUGAACAGAGCCCCAGGACCAGCUUGCUUAGGGGACUCUUCUCCAAGUUAAUAUCUCUGUAGGUGAUGGCUUUGUUAUGGAAGGUUUGUGAAUCGCUUCCUUUUAAGUGGUUAGAGAAUUUAACGGCUCUUUUCUGGAUUUUGAUAAUUAGCGGGUAUCGGCCUAAUUCUGCUCUGCAUGCAUUAUUUGGUGUUUUUCAUUGUACACAGGGGAUAUUUUUUGCAAAAUUCUUGAUGCAGAGUCUCAAUUUGGUGUUUUUUGUGAAUUAUUGGGCAUAAAGGGCAAUGGGUUCUAUAACUGAUUCAAGUAUUUCAAGUAUCUCUCUCUCCCCAUCUCUCUCCCUCCCUAUAUCUCUGUCUCUGUCCCUCUGUCUCUCUCUCCUCGAUAUAAAGAAAGAGCAGAUAUAGAGGGAGCAAGGAGUGAGGGAGCAAGACAGAUGCAAGACAGCAUGAAAGAGGGGGAGAGAAUGUGUGUGAGGCGAAAGGAAAGGGAGUCACGGUGAUAGUAAUUCCCACUAUCCCCUGUCCGCCAACUUUCCAGCAGGCAGGGCAGGCAGCGGAGUGAAGAUGACUUAUAAUGACCUGCUGUCAACUGUGUUUAUUACGUACAUUCCUACUAUAUCAUUAAUCACUGUUCUCCUAUUCCAUAUAAAAUACAGAGAAUGCUGGUAUUCGGGGAUGUUCCCCAUCUCUGUUUGUAGAGUGCAGUUUUAUCAGUGGAAUUGCUUAUGUUAUUAUGUUAUAAAAGACAUCCUAGAAAUUCUGUUGGAAACUCUCCUCCAAAAAGAAGGGUUUCAGGGUAUUUUCAGCUUAGUCCACAAUUGGGGCAAUUGAGGAGUAUAGAUUUUACCUAGAUGUAACAAAGGCACAAAGUAAUAGGUUUACUGGUCAGACAGAAGAGCGAAUCAUCAAUUAUAUACAUAUGGGAGUAGCUUUGUUGAUAUGGAAGUAGCUCUAAGUUUCUCAUGGAGAUGUGUUGAUGUUUCUUGGAACUGUACAGCAGAGCACAUUUUCUCCUGUUGUUGUUGCUAUCUUCAUCCAAUAGAGGGCACUUCCGUUACGUGAUCGAUUUAGAAACUCUUCAUUUCACCUAAUGGUCUCUAUUUUCAGCUGGCGCUAAGGAGGCGCAAGAGGAACUUUGCAAUUUUGUCAUGUAAAAAACUGCCGCACUGGAAUUUUCCAGCCCUAAAACCAGGUUCUGCAAUUUAUCUGUCUAACAUCAGCUCUCUUGCGCAAUAUCUGAGGUGUGUCCUUAAAAACAAGCGCAAAGUGACUAUUUCAUGCAGCACUAAUGAGAAGUUUUAAGACCCACAAAAAGCAGGUCUUAACGUUAAUGCAGUUGAUAAUGGAAUGGAUUUUGAGAGCGGAAGCGAAGCCUAUCCAGCCAUGACACACAGUGCCCAUGGAAGAGAGAUGAGCCUUUUGUGCUGACAAAUCUCAUAUUUAGAAACAUAAAACUAUUUUAGUUUCCCCCCAGUUCGUUUAGUUUAAUUAAAAACCAAACAUAGCCUACCCUCCCCUUAAUCAAGCCUGGUUGAGCAGUAUCGCAUAGGUGGGUCUUUUUAUCCUGGCCAUUAGCCAAGUAAUUUAGCCUACAAAUAAAGGUGGGUUAAAUGGUCUACUAAGAGUGCUUUAAAAUACAGUGGGGAGAACAAGUAUUUGACACACUGCUGAUUUUGCAGGUUUUCCUACUUACAAAGCAUGUAGAGGUCUGUAAUUUUUAUCAUAGGUACACUUCAACUGUGAGAGACAGAAUCUAAAACAAAAAUCCAGAAAAUCACAUUGUAUGAUUUUUAAGUAAUUAAUUUGCAUUUUAUUGCAUGACAUAAGUAUUUGAUACAUCAGAAAAGCAGAACUUAAUAUUUGGUACAGAAACCUUUGUUUACAAUUACAGAGAUCAUACGUUUCCUGUAGGUCUUGACCAGGUUUGCACAUACUGCAGCAGGGAUUUUGGCCCACUCCUCCAUACAGACCUUCUCCAGAUCCUUCAGGUUUCGGGGCUGUGACUGGGCAAUACGGACUUUCAACUCCCUCCAAAGAUUUUCUAUUGGGUUCAGGUCUGGAGACUGGCUAGGCCACUCCAGGACCUUGAGAUGCUUCUUACGGAGCCACUCCUUAGUUGCCCUGGCUGUGUGUUUCGGGUCAUUGUCAUGCUGGAAGACCCAGCCACGACCCAUCUUCAAUGCUCUUACUGAGGGAAGGAGGUUGUUGGCCAAGAUCUCACGAUACAUGGCCCCAUCCAUCCUCCCCUCAAUAGGGUGCAGUCGUCCUGUCCCCUUUGCAGAAAAGCAUCCCCAAAGAAUGAUGUUUCCACCUCCAUGCUUCACGGUUAGGAUGGUGUUCUUGGGGUUGUACUCAUCCUUCUUCUUCCUCCAAACACGGCGAGUGGAGUUUAGACCAAAAAGCUCUAUUUUUGUCUCAUCAGACCACAUGACCUUCUCCCAUUCCUCCUCUGGAUCAUCCAGAUGGUCAUUGGCAAACUUCAGACGGGCCUGGACAUGCACUGGCUUGAGCAGGGGGACCUUGCGUGCGCUGCAGGAUUUUAAUCCAUGACGGCGUAGUGUGUUACUAAUGGUUUUCUUUGAGACUGUGGUCCCAGUUCUCUUCAGGUCAUUGACCAGGUCCUGCCGUGUAGUUCUGGGCUGAUCCCUCACCUUCCUCAUGAUCAUUGAUGCCCCACGAGGUGAGAUCUUGCAUGGAGCCCCAGACCGAGGGUGAUUGACCGUCAUCUUGAACAUCUUCCAUUUUCUAAUAAUUGCGCCAACAGUUGUUGCCUUCUCACCAAGCUGCUUGCCUAUUGUCCUGUAGCCCAUCCCAGCCUUGUGCAGGUCUACAAUUUUAUCCCUGAUGUCCUUACACAGCUCUCUGGUCUUGGCCAUUGUGGAGAGGUUGGAGUCUGUUUGAUUGAGUGUGUGGACAGGUGUCUUUUAUACAGGUAACGAGUUCAAACAGGUGCAGUUAAUACGGGUAAUGAGUGGAGAACAGAAGGGCUUCUUAAAGAAAAACGAACAGGUCUGUGAGAGCCGGAAUUCUUACUGAUUGGUAGGUGAUCAAAUACUUAUGUCAUGCAAUAAAAUGCAAAUUAUUACUUAAAAAUCAUACAAUGUGAUUUUCUGGAUUUUUGUUUUAGAUUCAGUCUCUCACAGUUGAAGUGUACCUAUGAUAAAAAUUACAGACCUCUACAUGCUUUGUAAGUAGGAAAACCUGCAAAAUCGGCAGUGUAUCAAAUACUUGUUCUCCCCACCUUCAUCCGAUUACCAAAGACGCGCGCCUCCAAACUAUUCAGUCGUCCUAUAAUGCACAUAGGCAAUAAUCGAAUUGACAUGAGCCUAGUAUUUGGUAUAGACGUGUGAAUGUUAUUAGUAAAGACAUUUAGGCCUACGUGUGCACACAGUGCCAUGGAACGAGAGAAGUGAUUUAUGCUAUCAUGCUUCUGACCCCAUCCUAUUUAGAAAUAUUGUUGUUGUUUUAAAAAAACAUAUUGCUUGUUUUCCGUUUUAUAUCAAGCCCUCCAUAGGCUACCCUUACCCUAGCCCUAGGCUACUAAGGCUGGGUUAACAGCAAUGCGUCAUGUCUUAUUUAUCCUGGCUUGCAAAGUAGCCCAUAAAAGGUGUUUAAAUGGUCUAUUUGUCAGAGUGCCUUGAAUUUCUAAUAUAAUGCACAUCCUAAAACAUACACACAUAUACCUACCUGCAUACUUCGUUUAGCUUGUUCAAGUAUCCAACCCCAUCUCCAAAGUGCGCCUCUCAUCCGGUUACCAAAGACGCACUCCUCCAAAUGUAUUUAAAUGAUUCAGUCCUAUAUAAUGCAGUAUCAACAUUAGGCCUAGGCUAUAUUUUGCUUAUUGAGAACGUGCCUCACACAUACAAUACAAUUUACGUGAGCCUAGUAUUUUUGAUUUUAAGUGUGAUGUGUAGAGACAUGUAGGUUCGGCUAUAGCUCAUUGAAGCCAAUUACAACAAUGUUUACUGCCAACACUCCAAACAUAGGCUAUUGAGCUAACACUGGAUGUUUUUUUGUUGUUGUUGACAUUACUCGUUACUUUAGCCUAUGCUAUUCAAUAAACUGUAAUAUCAAUCCACAAUGGACCAGGAUGAGAAUAUUCUGUCCCUCAGCCGAAUUGGAGUUGUUGACAACGCAAAGACCGUCAAUAACCUACAGAACUUGAGACAAACGCAUGCAGUAUUAAGCCACGGAAUGUGCUGAAUGGCCAGUGAGUGUCCAAGCCCUCGUCAUACCUACAAUUUGUUUAUUCAUCAAAACUUAGCCCUUUUGCACCACUGCCAGCUAUAUUUCUGACACACCAGGGACCUAUAGCACUACUGCCAGCACUUUAAUUUACCAUUGCGUUAGGUUUGUUCAAAUAGAGCCCCAUGUGAUGUAAAUAAAUAAACGUACAUUAUUAUGAAUUAGGUGUGUGGUAAGCAACACUAACCACCCUGCUGGUAUAAUUAUCAGUGUCAAGCUUUAAUGAAGGCUCAGAGAGACCCCCUCAAUGGUCUUAUGACAGGCAGACAGUCUUCUAUAGAAGCACUAUUGACUCAUCUCCCCAGGAAGAUGCCUGGCUAGCUGUUGUUCUCAACUUUGAAUGUGUCCGAUAUGGCACCCUAUUCCCUAUAUAGUGCACUACUUUUGACCAGAGCUCUAUGGGUCCUGGUCAAAGCAGUACACUAUGUAGGGAGGGAAUAGGGUGCCGUUUGGGAUGGAGCUUCUGUUGUUGUUUUUAGCAUCUUGAGCUGAGAGCUUGGGCAGAAAUGAAGCUGGCAGAGGUGUCAGUCUCUUGUCUUGGUGGUUGACGCUCAAUCUUUUGUCAACACCUGACUGUGUGGAUGGAUCCUACCUCUUUCUCUUCUAAAGAAACUCAAGCACCACUUAAGCUUCUCUGUUUGCAUAUGUUUUCCAGUCAGCUAACACUCUGUUCUGCUCUUUUCUUCUCUCUUCUAGGGAUUUGAAGACCCCAAGGACAAGUGAGUAGAGAACCCUUCUCCCCAUCUCGCCUCCUGUGAGUCAAGGUGGUGGGCUGCCUUCUGCUGCAGGUCAUGUUUUCAGGGUUUCUAAAGACAAAAUGGCAGUAUCAAAGCCAUAGAUCUUUAAAUUAUCUGGAUAGGUGUGUGGCAGUCACAGAAUUAAACUACUGUAGCUAUAAUAGUCGGCUUUCACUACUGUAGCUCAGCUGGUAGAGCACGGCGCUUGUAACGCCAAGGUAGUGGGUUCGAUCCCCGGGACCACCCAUACACAAAAAUGUAUGCACGCAUGACUGUAAGUCGCUUUGGAUAAAAGCGUCUGCUAAAUGGCAUAUUAUUAUUAUAUUAUUAUAAUACACAGCAUAGCAAUCGAAAACACGACCAGAACAUCCAACUCGCCAUGUUUCUUGUAUGACAUGGCCAUGACAUUCAUACCCAUGAGUGGACAGUGAUCUCAGUGUCUUCCCAAACUCACUUUAACGUAUGCUGUCUGUUAUUCAUAAAACAUUCUAAUCACCUGGUUUGAACUUGUCCACUGAUCCACUGACAAUAGGCCAGAUUGCCUCUGUAAUUUAUGCAAUCAAACAAUACACUGCUGAUUCAAUGACUGAUUAGUCCAAUCAAACUAACAUGAUGACAGUGGUCUGAUGAUCUCAAUCACUUUGCUUGUUAUGGCCACACUUGAUUGAGGUGAUGCAGUUCUGUGGUGAGGUGUGGAGUUAAGUUGUGGUUGUUGCGUGUGGUUAUGGUUGCGGGACUGGGGGCGGGCUGGCCCAUAGAGACAUAGGACCUCUUGUGAUGGCCUGAAACAGAAAACAAAAAAGUGUCUCCUCGUCUUGUGUUAUCUAGACAUUUCAUUUUCAGAAACACGCAGGAAAACCUGAACCCAGAGGACGAGGUGGACGAGUUCCUAGGGAGAGCCAUCGACGCCAGGAGUAUCGACCGGCUACGCUCCGAACACGUCAAGAAGUUCCUGCUGACCUUCAGAGAACCAGACCUGGAGAAGAAGGUACUGACGGGAAGUGACUCCACAUAAUCAGACUAGGACCCUGAGUGAAUUUUCUGGAUAGAUCUUUAGCAGUAGAUAUGUCAAACGAGUGAGCAGUGUAUUCGUUUGUGUCAGAAUUGAUUGUCAAACUCAGGGCCUUGGGUUUUUCCUGACUACAAGGCUUGACCAGGAAAAAGGUUUAGUGUUAGUCUAUAACUAAGGGAUUUUUCCUUGUCAGGUGUCAUGGUCAGUAAAAAUUGAAAAAUGCAAUUCUGCUACAAAUUGCUACACCACUCACUGGUUUGACAUAUCCAGGGCAUGUCAAUUAAAGCUUAAAUGAAGGGAGAGUGGGAGAGAGAGAGUGGUAAAAAUGAUUUGGUUAAAAGAGAAGAUACAUAAAAGGUGAGAGGGAAGGCGAGAGAGGGUGAAAGCCGACUGAAAGGGAAGAGGCAGAGAGGCCCCAUUUUCAACCUGCUGUAUUUCUCCUCUCCCUCUGUCUCUCUCAUCCAUCUGUCAUUCUCUCUCGUCAGGGUCUGGUUAACCUAACGUAACAGACGUAAAAUAAACGCUUGAGCAGGGUUGGAAGCAUACAGUUUUCAGGCUUUGCCUCUUCUCUGCUUUUCCCUGAAAACCGGAUGCUUCCGAUUUCUGACAACCCCGCUGAGGGUGGGGUAUGGUGGGCUGUAUAGUGGCUACAUAGAGGGGAUCAAAAUCCCUCUCUCAGUGUGUCUGCCCCCAGCCAAUAGCCCAGUCUUUUGUGGGAGAGAUAAUCACUGCCGUUGUUUUCCUCCAUUACCUGUCCACAUACAGAUCUCAUAAUUGACCUCCUGAGUACCAUACAUUAGGCUAUGGAUUGCAGUUCAGCUGUGUAACCCUUACCAUGCUGUUGUGUCAGUAUACUGUACAAAAGGGUUUGAAGUGAGAUGUGAAGCAGUCAGCCAGCCUCUGUUUACCUUUCUUCUCUUAUAUUCUUCCAUUUCCGUUUCUCCUUCAGUACUCCAAACAAGUGGACUCCAGAUUUGGAGCGUACGUGGCCUGUGCAUCUCUUGUCUUCCUCUUCAUAUGUUUCAUCCAGAUCGUCAUUGUACCACAGUAAGUACUGAAUCUCUCCUAGUGGAUAUUCAUACAGUAUAGUACCACAGUAAGUACUGAAUCUCUCCUAGUGGAUAUUCAUACAGUAUAGUACCACAGUAAGUACUGAAUCUCUCCUAGUGGAUAUUCAUACAGUAUAGUACCACAGUAAGUACUGAAUCUCUCCUAGUGGAUAUUCAUACAGUAUAGUACCACAGUAAGUACUGAAUCUCUCCUAGUGGUAAUUCAUACAGUAUAGUACCACAGUAAGUGCUGAAUAAUUCUCUACUAGUGAACAACAGUGCAUAUCUCCCAUAUCAUUCACAACCUGGAGCCCUAGGUCUUCCUGGGCUGAGGGCAGGGCUUUGGGGAUGAGUAGAGGAGGAGACUGAGAUAGACAGUACCUAGAUGAAGCUGGUACUUGAGGGGACCCAGGACAGGCAGUCCCAGACUGGCCCAGUACAGGGACUUGGCCCAGACAUUAAUAAAUGUCCCGUCACCUGCUGUCACCACCUUUCCUCCUCCUCUGCCGGAGGGGCUGAUGGGUACCGCUGGGGCUGCCGGCAGCUGGCUGUUUGUUCAUUCUCAAGGAUGCUCCUCAAGUGUGUACCCCUCUAUCUUUCUCUCUCUCUCUCUCUCCUUCACUCCCUCUGUAUUGAUAUUUUCUUCACCAUUCCUUUUUUAUUAUCCCCUUUUCCUUUAUCCUUUUAUCUCACGGUCUCAGACGUAUUUAUUCAUAUUUAUCCUACCACUCUCUCCCUCUCUCUCUCGCUGUUCUUCCUCAGCUCCACUCUGAUGAUUGGGUUUUACACCACCUGUCUGAUCAUCCUGAUGGCUGUCAUGUUUGUCUCAGCAGUCUACUCCUGCUUUGGGGUGAGUACUUAGGUUUUCCCAGGAAUUUGUUUGUGUUCGGAAGCUUCCUCAUACUAUGACGUCGAUGUCUAUACCACAAGACAAUGGGCGACGCAAUGCCCAUCUAUCCAGUACCCAUAUAGCUCUAUCCCUUAGCCUGACGCACUGGCGCAGUGGGAGCUCUCUGUGGCUGUCUGGGAAUGUUGUAUCACACAGUAUAACAGGUCUGUUUCCACAGCAUGACUGGGCCAAUCACACAGCAGGUAAACCUGCUUGGUGGAUGGUAUUGAUUUUUAACUGCCCUGAGAGCAGCAGUCCCCCGGAGAGAUACAGUCAGAGUCAGACUGCUUAGUGAGGCCUUUAGAGAGGAACUGGUAUGUAAUUGGGCGAAAGAUUGAAGUGGACGUAAGCUCACAAUAGGGGUAUUACUGCUUUGUCAGUUAAAGAUGUUUGAGAACAACGGCAGCCGACUAAUGAUGUCAUAGCUGUGUUGUUGUUGUUCCUGGAGGGCUCUAUAUACACUGCUCAAAAAAAUAAAGGGAACACUUAAACAACACAAUGUAACUCCAAGUCAAUUACACUUCUGUGAAAUCAAACUGUCCACUUAGGAAGCAACACUGAUUGACAAUAAAUGUCACAUGCUGUUGUGCAAAUGGAAUAGACAACAGGUGGAAAUUAUAGGCAAUUAGCAAGACACCCCCAAUAAAGGACUGGUUUUGCAAGUGGUGACCACAGACCACUUCUCAGUUCCUAUGCUUCCUGGCUGAUGUUUUGGUCACUUUUGAAUGCUGGCGGUGCUUUCACUCUAGUGGUAGCAUGAGAUGGAGUCUACAACCCACACAAGUGGCUCAGGUAGUGCAGCUCAUCCAGGAUGGCACAUCAAUGCGAGCUGUGGCAAGAAGGUUUGCUGUGGAGGCGUUACCGGUAGACAGGCCAGUACAUCAGGAGACGUGGAGGAGGCCGUAGGAGGGCUACAACCCAGCAGCAGGACUGCUACCUCCGCCUUUGUGCAAGGAGGAGCAGGAGGAGCACUGCCAGAGCCCUGCAAAAUGACCUCCAGUAGGCCACAAAUGUGCAUGUGUCUGCUCAAACGGUCAGAAACAGACUCCAUGAGGGUGGUAUGAGGGCCGACGUCCACAGGUGGGGGUUGUGCUUACAGCCCAACACCGUGCAGGACAUUUGGCAUUUGCCAGAGAACACCAAGAUUGGCAAAUUCGCCACUGGCGCCCUGUGCUCUUCACAGAUGAAAGCAGGUUCACACUGAGCACGUGACAGACGUGACAGAGUCUGGAGAUGCCGCGGAGAACGUUCUGCUGCCUGCAACAUCCUCCAGCAAGACCGGUUUGGCGGUGGGUCAGUCAUGGUGUGGGGUGGCAUUUCUUUGGGGGGCCGCACAGCCCUCCAUGUGCUCGCCAGAGGUAGCCUGACUGCCAUUAGGUACCGAGAUGAGAUCCUCAGACCCCUUGUGAGACCAUAUGCUGGUGCGGUUGGCCCUGGGUUCCUCCUAAUGCAAGACAAUGCUAGACCUCAUGUGGCUGGAGUUUGUCAGCAGUUCCUGCAAGAGGAAGGCAUUGAUGCUAUGGACUGGCCCGCCCGUUCCCCAGACCUGAAUCCAAUUCAGCACAUCUGGGACAUCAUGUCUCGCUCCAUCCACCAACGCCACGUUGCACCACAGACUGUCCAGGAGUUGGCGGAUGCUUUAGUCCAGGUCUGGGAGGAGAUCCCUCAGGAGACCAUCCGCCACCUCAUCAGGAGCAUGCCCAGGCGUUGUAGGGAGGUCAUACAGGCACGUGGAGGCCACACACACUACUGAGACUCAUUUUGACUUGUUUUAAGGACAUUACAUCAAAGUUGGAUCAGCCUGUAGUGUGGUUUUCCACUUUCAUUUUGAGGGUGACUCCAAAUCCAGACCUCCAUGGGUUGAUACAUUUGAUUUCCAUUGAUAAUUUAAGUGUGAUUUUGUUGUCAGCACAUUCAACUAUGUAAAGAAAAAAGUAUUUAAUAAGAUUAUUUCAUUCAUUCAGAUCUAGGAUGUGUUAUUUUAGUGUUCCCUUUAUUUUAUUGAGCAGUGUAUAUUUCAUUUCCUGCUUUCUCCUCAUUGGCUGAUGGCCGGCUUGGGAGAAAUGAAAUAAGCCCUUAAAUGGGAAUUGGAGACAAGAAGAACAACAGGCUUAUGAUCUUCUUUAGUUGUAUACUGAUGAGAUUAAAUUAGGGAUUUUUAUAUAUUGUAAGCGGCUUUGAUAAUAUUGUCAUUGUGGCACUGUAAGUGAGGGGUUUAGAAUUCCAAAGAGUAUUCUUCAUAACUCACCAGGUCAAAUGCGAUCUCUAUAGGAUCUACACUACAGUUAUGAUACUGUAUAUAUGUUGAAAAUGCUGCAUGCAUUGUAAGGGGACUAAACACCUCCCUCUGCAACUGGAUCCUUAUUACUUCCUGGCGGGCCGCCCCCAGGUGGUAAGGGUAGGUAACAACACAUCUGCCACACUGAUCCUCAACACGGGGGCCCCUCAGGGGUGCGUGCUCAGUCCCCUCCUGUACUCCCUGUUCACACAUGACUGCAUGGCCAGGCACGACUCCAACACCAUCAUUAAGUUUGCCGACGACACAACAGUGGUAGGCCUGAUCACGGACAACGAUGAGACAGCCUAUAGGGAGGAGGUCAGAGACCUGGCCGUGUGGUGCCAGGAUAACAAUCUCUCCCUCAACGUGACCAAGACAAAGGAGAUGAUUGUGGACUACAGGAAAAAAAGAGAGGACUGAGCACGCCCCCAUUCUCAUCGACGGGGCUGUAGUGGAACAGGUUGAGAGCUUCAAGUUCCUUGGUGUCCACAUCACCAACGAACUAUCAUGGUCCAAACACACCAAGACAGUCGUGAAGAGGUCAUGACAAAGCCUAUUCCACCUCAGGAGACUGAAAAGAUUUGGCAUGGGUCCUCAGAUCCUCAAAAUAUUCUACAGCUGCACCAUCAAGAGUAUCCUGACUGGUUGCAUCACCGCCUGGUAUGGCAACUGCUCGGCCUCCAACCGCAAGGCACUACAGAGGGUAGUGCGUACGGCCCAGUACAUCACUGGGGCCAAGCUUCCUGCCAUCCAGGACCUCUAUACCAGGCGGUGUCAGAGGAAGGACCUCAAAAUUGUCAAAGACUACAGCCACCCUAGUCAUAGACUGUUCUCUCUGCUACCGCACGGCAAGCGGUAACGGAGUGCCAAGUCUAGGUCCAAAAGACUUGUCAACAGCUUCUACCCCCAAGCCAUAAGACUCCUGAACAGCUAAUCAUGGCUACCCGGACUAUUUGCACUGCCCCCCCCCCACCCCAUCUUUUUACGCUGCUGCUACUCUGUUAAUUAUUUAUGCAUAGUCACUUUAACUCUACCCACAUGUAGAUAUUACUUCAACUACCUCAACUAGCCGGUACCCCGCACAUUGACUCUGCACCGGUACCCCCCUGUAUAUAUAGCCUCCCUACUGUUAUUUUAUUUUAGUUCUGGUCUUUUUUUCUCAACACUUUUUUGUUGUUGUUUUAUUUUACUUUUUUAUUAAAAAAUAAAUGCACUGUUGGUUAAGGGCUGUAAGUAAGCAUUUCACUGUAAUGUCUGCACCUGCACCUACCUGGCGCAUGUGGCCAAUGAAAUUUGAUUUGAUUUGAGUCUGGUUUUGUGGAAGAGGAGUAGGACAGCACUUCAACCAACAUGAGUUGAAUUGCAGCCAAAAGUCAUAGCUGGUAUUGUGGCCUAUAGGAUACAAACACAACAUUCUCUAAUAACUCAGGGAUGAAAUAGACUGACCUACUGACCAUGCCCUCUCCCUCCGUCCCCUGCGCUCGGGACAGUUUUUCCCGGUGCCUCUCCAGACCCUGUCCAAGAGUAUCGUCCAGUCCAGACUCAACAGCACCCUGGUGGGAGUCUUCACCAUCAUCCUGGUCUUUCUCUCUGCCUUCAUCAACAUUGUAAGUCCCUGAGCUUCCACUCCAAAUGGUUGCACAGAUCAUUUGAAGGGCAAAACCCUGACAGCAAAGCUUACAUGCUUAUGCAUUAAUGAGUGUUUGACAUCUGUGGGUUGUGUUCAUUAGGGCACACCGCAGCUAAACAUUUUUGCAAACAGAAAACAAAAACAAGUAUUUCUUAUUGGACAAGUUCAGAUGUUUCGUGCCUACUGAACACUGCCCAGUUCUCAUUCAUAAUCAUGUUAACCCCAUUUGACCUCUGCCCUCUGCGCCCUAGUUCACCUGCAGUACUGGAGACCUGAGGACUUGUCUGAGCUGGGAGCUGAACAUCAGUCGCAGCAGUGUCAACGCCUGCCAUGCACGCAGCCUCAACUACACCCUUGAAUCACUAGUCGGCUUCUGUGGCAGCCCCUCACCCAACUGCAACUUCCCUGAGGUGUGUGUGUGUUUGUGUGGUGUGCGUGCCCAGCUGGGCUUGAGCCAGAAGUGGCCAAUUAAUUUCACAAUGGCAUGCUAAAAGAUUUGCAAAUGUUUGACGUCUCUCUCACUCCCUCUCGGCCUCCCCCUUCUCUCUCCCUCCCUCUACCUCCUCUCCUCCCUGCACCCUCCCUCUCUCCCUCUCUCCCUCUCUCUCUCCCUCUGUAGUACUUCUCUUCCUGUGUGUUGUUGAGCCUGCUGGCCAGCUCAGUCUUCCUGCAGGUCAGCAGUAUAGGUAAACUCCUACUCAUGCUCUUCAUCGAGAUCUUCUACGUCCUCAUCAUGGAAGUGCCAGAGGUCAGCCUGUUCGACAACGUAGACCUGCUGGUCAUGGCCAACGCUAUGUGAGUAUUUUAGAAAAUCCAUUAACUUGCAGGUACAAAAAAAAAGUAAAGCCAUGAAAGAAAAUUGAUACCCUAACAUUGUUGAAUACUCCCGCAGAAGCCUUUGGGUAGAAACCUUGCACAAUAAAACUGCAGGAGCAUUCAACAGUGUGCCGGUAUCUACCUUUCUUUCACAACACUAGUGACAUAAGUUAAUGUGUUUCUGUGGGAUCAUGAGGCGACUUUACCACAACGGUACAGUGUUGUGUAGCGAUUUGUACUGGCUCAGGUUCUCACAGUUCAAAUUACAGGUUUUAUUGUCACGUGCACAAGUACAGUGAAAUGCCUUUCCCAACAAUGCAGUCAUCAAUACCAGUAGUACUAUAAAAUAAAGUAGAACAAAAACACACGAGAAAUAGAAAUAAGAACACGAUAAAAGUAAUGAAGCUAUAUACAGGGUCAGUUCCAAUACCAUAUUUACAAUGUGCAGGGAUACUGGAGUGGUAGGGGUAGGUAUGUAUAGGGGUAAGGUGACUAUGCAUCAGGAUAUAUGAUAAACAGAGUAGCAGCAGCAUAUAUGAUGAUUGUAUGUGAGUGUGUGUGCGUGCGUGUGUAGAGUCAAUAUGAAUGUGUGGGCGUGUUAUGUGUGUGUGAGUGUGUGUUGUGAGUGAGCAUAGAGUCAGUGCAAAAAUACAAAUAAAAAGGAUCUAUGCAGAUAGUCCGUAUAGCCAUUUUGUUAGCUAUUUAGCAGUCUUAUGGCUUGGGGAUAGAAGCUGUUCAGGAGCCUGUUGGUGUCAGACUUGGCGCUCCAGUACCGCUUGCCAUGCGGAAGCAGACAGAACCGUCUAUGGCUUGGGUGGCAGGAGUAUGUAACUGCAGGAUUGAAAAUGUUCAAUAGUAUUUUAUGCUAAUGCAUUCAGAGCAAACCAGGAACGUGUCAGAUUUCUCAUAUCUUAAUUUACUGAUGUACACCUAGCUUUAGAUAUGAUGGAAGAAAUGAGAAGAACUCUGGGUAGUGUAAAUUGCCCAGUAGAUACAUUUUAGACUGAGUUGAAAGGAAUGAAUGGGUGGACGAAUGACUUGCGCUAAACCAUGCCAGUUAUUUACAACAGGCAAGCAGCAGAUUUAAAUUCAAACCUCUCCUGAGUUUAGUGUUGCGUUUACUUAAUGUAAUGGAUGACUGUUGGUUAGUCCAGGGCCAGGUGCUGUCUACAGUUAUCCGUCUCUCAGAUGAAGUGGAGGUUUCGGUUGCCCUGCUUCUCCCUCUCCCUAAAAUGUGCUCUGUUUGUUUUCUCUUCACAGUGAGCACAUAAAUGGAACAAGGUGAGAUUUAUGUAGCUUAACACUACUAAACAAAUUGAAACACACAAAUUAUUUGAGAUCAAUUGUAUCCAUUAUACUAUAGCUUUAAUGCCUCUGAAUGCUCGGCUAUGAAAAGCCAACUGACAUUUACUCCUGAGGUACUGACCUGUUGCACCCUCUACAACCACUGUGAUUAUUAUUUGACCCUGCUGGUCAUCUAUGAACGUUUGAUCAUCUUGAAGAACAAUCUGGCCUUACAUGGCCAUGUACUCUUAUAAUCUCCACCGGGCACAGCCAGAAGAGGACUGGCCACCCCUCAGAACCUGGUUCCUCUCUAGGUUUCUUCCUAGGUUCCUGCCUUACUAGGGAGUUUUUCCUAGCCACCGUGCUUCUACAUCUGCAUUGCUUGCUGUUUGGGGUCUUAGGCUGUGUUUCUGUAUAGCACUUUGUGACAUCUGCAGAUAUAAAAAGGGCUUUAUAAAUACAUUUGAUUGAUUGAUUGAUCCUAUAGAUCUUCCUGGUACUUCAUAUGCCUUAGGUAGUUAGAUAACAUUGAUAAACAGUGUUGUGACCUUGUAUAUUGUUUAGUAAUGGUAUGUAGUAUCUAACGUUAUUAGAUAACAUAGAUUAAAGAGUGCUGUGGCCUCAGGCCUGUAAUUGAUCUCUGUAGUUGAUCUGUAGUUGAUCUUUGGUGUCUGUCCUCUCUGUCUAGCUGUGUGAUGGACUCUAAGGUCCCUCUGAAGAUCAUGACUCCCGUGGUCAUCACUGUCUUCGUCCUGGCCUUGUAUCUACACGCCCAGCAGGUGGAGUCCACAGCCAGACUCGACUUCCUCUGGAAACUACAGGUAGGUGUGUGUGUGUCUGUGUGUGUGUCUGGGCUAUCCAAGGUCAUUGAUACCUCUUUUCCCUGCCUCCCUCCUUCCUUCCUUCCCUCCCUCCCUCCCUCCUUCCCUCCAGGCCACAGAGGAGAAAGAGGAGAUGGAGGAGCUACAGGCCUACAACCGUCGCCUCCUCCACAACAUCCUCCCUAAAGAUGUGGCCGCCCACUUCCUGGCACGGGAGCGCCGGAACGACGAGCUCUACUACCAGUCCUGUGAGUGUGUGGCCGUCAUGUUCGCCUCCAUCUCCAACUUCUCUGAGUUCUACGUAGAGCUGGAGGCCAACAACGAGGGAGUGGAGUGUCUCAGGCUGCUCAAUGAGAUCAUCGCAGACUUUGAUGAGGUGAGAGGGGAGGGGGGAGGAGAGAGGUAUGAGGAGGGGUGAGGAGGAGGGAGGAGGAGGAGAGGUAUGAGGAGGGGGAGGAGGAGGGAGGAGGAGGAGAGGUAUGAGGAGGGGGGAGGAGGAGGGAGGAGGAGGAGAGGUAUGAGGAGGGGGGAGGAGGAGAGAGGUAUGAGGAGGGAGGAGGAGGAGGAGCAGUAUGAGGAGGGGGAGGAGGAGAGAGGUAUGAGGAGGGAGGAGGAGGAGGAGAGGUAUGAGGAGGGGGGAGGAGGAGGAGUGGUAUGAGGAGGAGGAGGAGAGGAGAGGUAUGAGGAGGGGGGAGGAGGAGGAGUGGUAUGAGGAGGAGGAGGAGAGGUAUGAGGAGAGGGGAGGAGGAGGAGGAGGAGAGGUAUGAGGAGGAGGGAGGAGGAGGAGAGUUAUGAGGAGGGGGACGAGCAGGAGAGGUAUGAGGAGGGGGGAGGAGGAGGAGAGGUAUGAGGAAGGGGAGGAGAGGUAUGAGGAGAGGGGAGGAGGAGGGAGGAGGAGGAGAGGUAUGAGGAGGGGGAGGAGGAGGGAGGAGGAGGAGAGGUAUGAGGAGGAGGAGGAGAGGUAUGAGGAGGGGGGAGGAGGAGGAGAGGUAUGAGGAGGGGGAGGAGGAGGAGAGGUAUGAGGAGGAGGAGGAGAGGUAUGAGGAGGGGGGAGGAGGAGGAGAGGUAUGAGGAGGGGGGAGGGGGGAGGAGGAGGAGAGAGGGGCCUUUCUCUUUGUGUGUGUGUGUGUGUGUGUGUGCGUGCAUCUCUUUUCUAUCAUAUUCCUCCUUAUAUAACUACCGUUAUGGGUACUAGUGACUAUUCUUGGACCCUGUUAUGUUGAAAGAGAGCUAACAAUGUCAAUGCUAUUAACCCAAGCAAACCAAGUAGUAAAUGUAUUUCUCUCACCACUCACUUCCCCAUUCUCCUCUUCUUCCCCCAGAUCAUCAGUGAGGACCAGUUCCGCCAGCUGGAGAAGAUAAAGACCAUCGGCAGUACCUACAUGGCUGCCUCUGGCCUCAACGACUCUACCUACGACAAGGAAGGCCGCUCACACAUCAGAGCCCUGGCAGACUAUGCCAUGAGACUCAUGGAUCAGAUGAAGUACAUCAACGAACACUCCUUCAAUAACUUCAAGAUGAAGAUCGGUAAGGCUGCCUAUGGGAAAGAUAAUUUUGUUGCCUUGUUGUUUAUUUUGACGUGACAAUUGGUUAUUCAUGAGUAUAAUGGUAUGCUUAAGCGAUAGUGCCUCACAAAAUGUAUAAUGAGUAAUGGUAAAAAUGUGACCUAACCUGUAAAAAACUCUGCUGGCCCAUAACCCUGAAAACCCCCCAAAAUGAUAUUGAACAUACUGUGUAUAUUGUUAAAAACAUCCUGAACCAUAUCCCUGUCCACCUGCUGCAGGUCUGAACAUGGGUCCAGUGGUGGCUGGGGUGAUCGGGGCCAGGAAGCCCCAGUAUGAUAUCUGGGGGAAUACAGUCAAUGUUGCCAGCCGCAUGGACAGCACUGGCGUACCUGACAGGAUCCAGGUAACUCACAGACACAGCACGGUAGAAACUGAUAACACACCUAGGAUUUGUUCUGUGACCUUUUUCUGACUAUGAUGAAGACCUAAGGCUCGAACAUUUUUGAUAAAGCACAUGGGAGCAUAGCUUGCAGUGUGCGGUCUUUUUAAAAAUAUAUAUAUUUUGAAUAUUAUCAUGUGGUAGUGUGAAAGUGGAGGCAGUGUGCCUAUGAUCAAGAUAUGUGGACACUGCUAUCUUCUCAGUGUCACUUUAUGACUAAAACGUCUUACUUUCUACCCUUUAUUCCCUUCCUCCACCUCUCUCUUUUCUCUUUCUCCCGCCAGGUGACCUCUGACCUGUACAAUGUGCUGAACUCCUAUAACUACACACUAGAGUGCCGAGGCCUGGUCAAGGUGAAGGGUAAAGGAGAGAUGCAAACCUACUUCCUCACUGGAGGACCUCCCAGCAGUUAACACCCAGGGUGUGUCUGAAAUGGCACACUAUUCCAUGUAUAGUGCACUACUUUUGACCAGUAGUGCACUACAUAGGGAAUAGGGUGCCAUUUCAGACGCGGCCUAUUCAGAAGCAGCCCCAGUAACAGACUGACACUGGCGCAGGAGAAGUAGAAGGCUCAGGGGAAAGGGCUGUUGGACUAAAGGGGGCUGACCCCCAAGCCUUUGACAGGCAGGCUCAUAGACCUGUGUUAGCUUGGGGAACUUUCUGCCCCCCACCCAUAAUCCUUUUCCUACAUUUAGCCCCUCCCUACCUGCACAGGUCAGCCUCCGAUUGGCCCAGAGUGAAGGAGACCCCACCCAGCCUCCUCUCGGAUUGGGGGAAAGAGACAGAGGGAGGGGCUUAGAGGGCCUGGGUUCGCUGAAGAGACCAAAGAAGUCCCAUCAGACUGCAGCAGACAGAGACACAUUAUGA